AGGGAAAAGCAAAACUACACGGUGUAGACAUUGUGUAGUUUUGUUUUUUGGGUUAUAACAGGGCCCAACCGUUCUCACCUUGGAUUUUCUGGAAACGUUUUGGAUAAGGAUUGUUGCUGAGGCACUAGCCACCUGGGCACAGUCCCAUCAAGUAUAGGCAGCCUUGUGAUACAAGGCGCCUUCCAUCAUGUCAACACAAGCUCCAACAUUUACACAGCCGCUUCAGAGCGUUGUGGCACUUGAGGGUAGUGCUGCAACGUUCGAAGCUCAAGUUAGUGGUAAUCCAGUUCCAGAGGUGAGCUGGUUUCGUGAUGGCCAGGUUCUUACUGCUGCCGCUCUGCCCGGCGCUCAGAUCUCGUUCAGCGAUGGCCGCGCUGUUCUGAUGAUCCCCGCCGUGACAGCCGCACACAGCGGAAGAUUUUCUGUGAGAGCUACCAAUGGCGCUGGACAAGCCACUAGCACAGCUGAACUGCUGGUUACAGCCGAAACUGCGCCACCAAACAUCAUUCAAAGACUACAGAGUAUGACUGUGAGACAAGGGAGCCAAGUGAGACUGGAUGUUCGAGUUACAGGAAUCCCUGCACCUGUGGUGAAGUUCUACAGAGAGGGAGCUGAGAUUCAGAGCUCUGCUGACUUUCAGAUUGUUCAAGAUGGAGACCUUUACAGUUUGUUGAUUGCUGAGGCCUUCCCUGAAGAUUCUGGAACGUAUUCUGUCAGUGCUUCUAACAGCAGUGGACGUACUACUUCUACAGCUGAACUUCUGGUUCAAGGUGAGGAGGUUGCAGUGCCUGCAAAGAAGACCAAGACUUUUGUUUCAACUUCUCAGAUUUCACAGACUCGCCAGGCUAGAGUUGAAAAGAGAAUGGAGGCCUCGUUUGAGUCCACAGCCAUGAUGGAAAUGGAAAUGGAGGAUGCUGAUUUGGCUCACAAGACACCACCUCGUGUGCCACCAAAGCCGACUUCCAAGUCCCCAACCCCACCAACAGGGGUGUCAAAGGUUGCAGCUACGCGCCAUCAGUCACCCUCUCCUGUGAGGCCUGUUAAAGCCCCCAUUCACACACCUCACAGGCCUGCUUCCCCUUCAAGACUGUCUGUGUCCCCUAUCAGACCAGUGAAGUCUCCAAUGACUAUACACAAGCAAGUCGCACAGGCUGCAGAUGUUCUACCUCCUUGGAAGCAGGAGGGGUAUGUGGGAGAGUCCAGCUAUACCAGCAUGACUACUGGGGCCUCAUAUGUUCAGACCUCCUCCACAUUUGUCCAUAAGGAGCAGCAAUGGGAAGGUUCUUUUGCUAUGCAGCAACAAGCCAGUGGAGUUGCUAUUGUUGAGACUGCAGCAAUCCCAUCCCUAACAAAAGAGCCAGUGAUGCCGCCAACUAUUGUGGCUGGUUUAAAGAAUGUGACUGUUACGGAAGGAGAGUCUGUCACUCUGGAGUGCCAGAUUUCAGGCCACCCCACCCCAGCUAUUAUGUGGUUCAGAGAAGAUUACAGAAUUGAGCACUCCAUUGACUUCCAGAUUACUUAUGAAAGCAGCUAUGCUUGUUUGGUGAUCCGUGAGGCCUUUGCUGAAGACAGUGGCCGCUUCACUUGCACUGCUACCAGUGAGGCUGGAACUAUCAGCACCUCCUGCUACCUGCUUGUCAAAGUCUCAGAAGACAUUGAAAGCCGAGAGGAUUUCUCUACUGUUGCUGAACACAUUGAAAUGUCUGCUCAGGAUAGAUGGGUUACAGUUGAAGCAAAAGAGGAGAAAAUGUCUGAAAUAAGUGCAGUCUCUGAGCAUAUGGAAGGUGGAGCAGGUGUUGCCCCUUUCUUUGUGAAGAAGCCCACAGUGCAAAAGCUUGUGGAGGGCGACAGCAUAAUCUUUGAUUGCCAAGUUGGAGGAAGCCCCAAGCCUCAUAUUUACUGGAAGAAAAGUGGAAUUCCACUUACUACUGGAUACAGGUACAGAGUAGCCUAUAAUAAGGACACAGGAGCAUGCAAGCUUGAGAUCUCCAUGACAUUUGCGGAUGAUGCAGGAGAGUACACCAUCUUUGCUAGGAACCCACUUGGAGAGAUCUCUGCAUCAGCCAUGCUGCUUGAUGAAGAGGCAUAUGAGCUGUAUGUGAAGAAACAAGUAGAGACAUUCAAGACAGAAGUAACUACUAUUAUAGAGGAGCCAAAAGUGGCUGACAUACCUGCUGUUGUUGAGACUGUAACUGAGAAAGAGCAGAUGCUCAUUCAAAGGAGGAUGGCUCAACAAACCCAGAUGAUGCAGUCCUUCAUUUCAGAGCAGGAGUUCCAAAUAUCUAACUUGGAGCAAAGAUUCAUCCAAGAAAUUGAGUUCCACCUACUCAAGAUUACCUACCAGGAGUUGGUGACAGAGGAUGGGGAGCAGAUGGAUAUGAGUGUUUCUGAACAUGAAGCUAUUUCUCCUGUUUUUAAUACUCCAGUUAAAAGUUACAGACUCAGGGAGGGAAUGAGUGCAACUUUCCAUUGCAGAAUGACAGGAACCCCUCUCCCUAAGAUAACCUGGUACAAAGAUGGCAAGCGCAUCAAACAUGGAGGCCGUUAUCAGAUAGAGGUUCUGCUAGAUGGUAGAGCCAGUCUACGUCUUCCUACAGUUCUGGCUGAAGAUAAGGGUGUCUACACUGCUUUGAUCAGUAACAUAAAGGGGAAUGCUGUCAGCUCUGGAAAGAUGGAUGUGGAGCCUGUUGUAACACAAACAACGCUUCCUCAGCCAGGAGGAGUUCAAAGAAUUAGGUCCACAUCACCACGCUCCACAAGUUGUUCUCCAGGUCGAUCACCUUCCCGAAGACUUGAUGAGACAGAUGAGGCCCAGCUAGAAAGACUCUACAAGCCAGUGUUUGUACAAAAGCCCUCUUCCUUUAAGUGCUCUGAGGGACAGACUGCAAGAUUUGAUCUGAAAGUUGUUGGAAGACCCAUGCCUGAAACUUACUGGUUCCACAAUGGACAGCAGGUAGUCAAUGACUACACCCACAAGAUUGUGGUAAAGGAGGAUGGAACUCAAUCAAUGAUUGUGGUUCCUGCCAUGCCUCAGGACUCUGGAGAGUGGACAGUUGUUGCUCAGAACAGAGCUGGAAAAACAUCUGUAUCUAUGACUCUCACUGUUGAAGCCAAGGAAAACUUGGUGAGACCACAGUUUGUUGAGAAGCUAAGAAACAUCAGCGUUAAAGAGGGUACUUUGGUUGAGCUAGCUGUUAAAGCUAUUGGCAACCCCCUUCCUGACAUUGUUUGGCUGAAGAACAGUGACAUAAUCUCCCCACAUAAACACCCACAUAUCAGGAUUGAGGGGGGUAAAGGAGAAGCUCAUUUCAAGAUUCCAUCAAGUACAGGAUCUGAUAGCGCAUGGUACACUGCUACAGCUAUCAACAAAGCUGGCAGAGAUACCACACGUUGCAGAGUUAAUAUUGAUGUGGAUGCAGUACUGCAUCAGCCUGAGAAAAAGCUUGUAAUUCCCAAGGGAACCUACAAGGCCAAAGAAAUUGCUGCACCAGAGUUAGAGCCACUACAUCUUCGCUAUGGUCAAGAACAAUGGGAAGAUGGUGACCUCUAUGAUAAGGAGAAGCAACAGAAGCCUCUCUUCAAAAAGAAGCUUACCUCAGUCAGGCUGAAGCGAUUUGGACCUGCACACUUUGAGUGCAGACUGACCCCUAUUGGUGACCCGACCAUGAAUGUUGAGUGGCUGCACGAUGGAAAACCGUUGGCAGCUGCUAACAGACUACGCAUGGUCAAUGAGUUUGGCUACUGCAGUCUUGACUAUGAAGCUGCUUAUUCCAGAGAUAGUGGUGUCAUUACAUGCAGAGCCACCAACAAAUUUGGAGUUGACCAGACCUCUGCUACAUUAAUUGUUAAAGAUGAGAAAAACCUUGUUGAGGAAACACAGUUGCCAGAGGGAAGGCGAGGUCAAAUAAUAGAUGAAAUAGAGCGUAUUGCCCAUGAGGGUGGCCCCUCUGGAGUUAGUGGAGAUGAUAACUUUGAGAAGACUAAGCCAGAGAUUGUGCUACUUCCAGAGCCAUUAAGAGUUAUGGAGGGAGAAUCAGCCAAAUUUCGCUGUAGGGUGACAGGCUACCCUACACCAAAAGUCAACUGGUACCUCAAUGGACUGCUCAUCCGCAAGAGUAAACGAUUUAGAAUUCAAUUUGAUGGUAUUCACUACCUGGAAAUCGUAGACACCAAGUCAUAUGAUUCAGGUGAUGUCAAAGUUGUGGCUGAAAACCCUGAAGGUGUUACCGAGCAUCUUGUGAAAUUUGAGAUUCAGCAAAAGGAGGACUUCAGGUCAAUCCUGCGCCGUGCUCCUGAGAUCAAGGCUCCUGUUCCUGCACCAUCACAAGAGCAUGGUAGAGUCUCAUUUGAGGUUGUCAAAGCAGAGAAACCAUCUGUAACCUCUAAAGAACCAAAGGAGGUGGUUAAGCUGAGGAAAACCGAGAGAGUGAUCCAUGAGAAAUCAACAGAAGAAACAGAAGAACUGAGAAGCAAAUUCAAGCGUAGGACCCAAGAAGGCUACUAUGAAGCAAUAACUGCCGUAGAUCUGAAGUCCCGCAAGAAGGAUGAGUCUUAUGAGGGUAUGCUAAAGAAAAGGAAAGAAGAGCUUCUUCAUCGCAACAAAGAACUAGGGCUUGAUGCUGAGAAGAAAAAAGAAGAGGAGAGUAAACUCACCAUUCCCAAAGUCAAGCCAGAUAAGAUUGUGCUCUCUCCAAGCAUGGAGGCUCCAAAGAUCAUCGAACGAAUCCAGAGCCAGACAGUUGGCCUGGGAGAUGAAGUACACUUCCGUUGUAGAGUCACCGGUAAACCAGAUCCAGAAUGUCAGUGGUUCAAGAAUGGUAUCUUAUUGGAAAACUCAGACCGGGUUUACUGGUAUUGGCCAGAAGACCAUGUCUGUGAAUUAGUGAUAAAAAAUGUCUUAGCUGAGGACUCAGCGAGUGUAAUGGUCAAAGCCAUGAACAUUGCUGGAGAGACCUCAAGCCAUGCUUUCCUGCUGGUUCAAGGCAAACAAGUUGUCUCUUUUACACAACUUCUAGAAGAUCAGUAUGCUAAAGAAAAGGACACCAUGAUGACCUUUGAAUGUGAGACAAAUGAGCCAUUUGUUAAGGUCAAGUGGAUGAAGAACAAUGCAGAAAUUUUCUCAGGUGACAAAUACAGAAUGCACUCUGACAGAAAGGUGCACUUCCUGUCAGUGCUGAUGAUUUCUAUGAAGGACGAAGCUGAGUACAGUUGUGUGGUUGUUGACGAUGACCACAUAAGAACCAGCGCCUCACUUUAUGUUGAAGGUGCACCACUUGAAAUUGUAAAGAACCUUGAGAAUACAGAAGUACCUGAGACGUACUCUGGAGAGUUUGAGUGUAUUUUGUCCCGUGAGGAUGCUGAAGGCACCUGGUAUUUUGAGAGCAAAGAAAUCACUCCUAGCCUUAAAUAUGUUGUGUCUGCACGUCGUGGUCGUCAUAGUCUUUCUGUGAAAGAUGUUAAGAAGCAGGACCAAGGAAAAUACACUUUCAAAGUGGGGGAUCUUAAGACAAGUGCCUCCCUUAAGAUGACAGUGCGCCCUGUGACUCUGAUGCAAGGUCUUUCUGACCUGACAAUCUGUGAGGGUGAUAUUGCCCAAUUUGAGGUGCGAUUCUCUCAGGAGAAUGUGGAGGGCACAUGGAUGAUGAAUGGUCAAGCCAUCUCUGCUUCCAAUAAGAUUCACAUGGUUAUUGACAAAGUCACCCAUAAGCUUCUCAUUGAGGACGCCAAUAAGGGUGAUGCAGGAAUAUACUCUUUUGUUGUUCCUGUUCAGGACAUUUCUACAAAGGGAAAGCUAACAGUUCAAACAAUUGGCUUCUUGACACCAUUAAAAGACAUUUCCACAGUAGAAGGCACUAAAUCUGUCCUUGAGGCUAAAAUCUCGGCUCCUGAUAUAACUUCAGUAAAAUGGUUCCAAAAUGACAAGCUGGUGACAGCAAGUGAUAGAGUCCAGAUGGUUGUCAAAGGAGCCAAACAGAGACUGGCAAUUAACAGGACAUAUGCAUCAGAUGAAGGACAAUAUAAACUGAUUGCUGGCAAAGUAGACUCAACCUGUAAACUUUCUGUCCAGCCUGUAUCUAUUGUUAAGCACAUGGAGGACUGCGUUUGCACAGAGACCCAGAAUGUCACCUUUAAAGUGGAGGUAUCUCAUCCUGGCAUUGAUGCUCUCUGGACUUUCAAGGGUCAGCCUUUAAAAGCAGGUCCAAAGUACAAGAUAGAGGGCAAAGGUACACACUAUAGCCUCACUGUUUUGAAUGCCAUGAAGGAUGAGGAAGGAGAGUACAUGUUUAUGGCUGGUGAGAAGGAAUCUAGAGCAAGGCUUAUUGUAUCAGGUGGUGCUAUAAACAGGCCACUCUAUGAUUUGACUGUAGCAGAAUCCCAAACUGCUGAGCUGGAGUGUGAAGUUGCUAACCCUACUACGGAAGGCAAAUGGCUCAAAGAUGGCCACCCCAUUGACUUCAACGAUAAUAUCAUAAGUGAAAAUAAAGGUGCUGUUAGACGCCUUGUCAUCGGCAUCACCAGGCCACAGGAUGUUGGAGAGUACACCUACCAGGUGGCAAACUCCAAGACAUCUGGCAACUUGAAGGUUGAAGCUGUUAAAAUCAGGAAGACAAUGAAGAACCAAACCGUUACUGAGACCCAGGAGGCAGUAUUCAGUCUUGAACUCACCCAUUUAGAUGUGAAAGGAUCCCAGUGGAUCAAGAAUGGUGUUGAGAUUCAUCCAAGUGAUAAAUUUGAGAUAACAGUUGAUGGCAUGGUUCACACCUUGAAAAUCAAGAACUGCAAUUCCCAAGAUGAAUCAGUCUAUGGUUUCAAACUUGGAAAACUGUCUGCUAAUGCCAGACUAAAUGUUGAAACUAUCAAAAUUGUGAAAAAAUUAAAGGAUGUGACAUCACUGCUGGGGGCAACGGCAUCAUUUGAGCUGAGUUUAUCCCAUGAUGACAUUCCAGUUAAGUGGAUGUUCAACAACCAGGAGCUCAAGCCGACCUCAAAUAUUAAAAUACUGUCUGAGCGGAAAGCCCACAAACUUGUCAUUCAGAGUGUUGAAGGUCACUUGGCAGGAGAAUACAUUGCUGUGGUUGGGCAUCUGCACUGCAGUGCUCAUCUUCAUGUUGAAUAUUUGAGAGUCACAAAACCUCUGAAGAACAUUGAGGUUCCAGAAACCCAUGUGGCCACGUUCGAGUGUGAAGUUUCACAUUUCAAUGUUCCAUCCACCUGGCUGAAAAAUGGAGUUGAGAUUGAGAUGAGCGAGAAGUUUGGAAUUGUGGUGCAGGGCAAACUUCAUCAGCUGAAAGUCAUGAAUGCCAGCCAGGAGGACGUUUCGGAAUACACAUUUGUGUGUGGAAAUGACAAAGUCUCCGCUACCCUGACUGUAAAAUCAAUUCUGAUCACAUCCAUGCUUCAGGACAUCAAUGCUAAAGAAAAAGACACUGUUACAUUUGAGGUUACCGUCAACUAUGAAAGCAUCACCUACAAAUGGCUGAAGAAUGGAGUAGAAAUAAGAUCCAGUGAUAGAUGCCAAACUCGCUGCAAGCAGUUCACCCACUCUCUCACUAUCCGAAAUGUUCACUUUGGGGAUAGUGGAGAGUACAAGUUUGUGGCUGGAUCUGCUGAAACAUCUGCAAAACUCUUUGUUGAUGCUCGUGUGAUUGAAUUCACCAAGCACAUUAAAGAUGUAAAGGUAACUGAGAAGAAGACGACUAUAUUUGAAUGUGAGCUUUCUGAACCCAACAUCCCUGUAAUGUGGAUGAAGGAUGGGCAGGAGUUUGAGUUGUCUGACAGGUUCAAAGCCACCACUGACAAAUUCCUGCAGCGUUUGAUGAUCCAGUCAGUUCGCAUGUCGGAUGCCGGAGAGUUCUCUGUGGUUGCUGGUGCAAGUGUUUCCAAGGCAAACCUCAUAGUGGAGGGCAAGGAUGUCCACAUCUCUGAGCCUGCUGAGAAGGACAUCACUGUGGUUGAGAAACAGAGGGCUACAUUUGAGUUUGAAGUUAACGAGGAUGAAAUUGAAGGUCGCUGGCUGAAAAAUGGUGUUGAAAUUCAAUCUUUUGAGGAGCGCUUUAACUAUGUGACCGUUAGAAAGACACAUCGCUUGACAAUCACUGAGACUUACAGAAGUGAUGCUGGAGAAUAUACAUUCAUAGCAGGAAAGAACAGGAGCACAGUCAAUCUACAUGUCCAGAUCCCUGAGCCUCCUCAGAUCAUCAGGCACUUGCAGCCCCUGUCUGUUGAGGCUGGCAAACCUGCACGCUUCUCUGUGGAGGUGACAGGAAUUCCUCAGCCUCAGGUGUCCUGGUAUAAGAACUCUCAGGCCCUGUCUUCUGGGUUCAAGUGUAAGUUCCUGAGGGAGGGAAAUGAGCACAUAUUGUUGCUCAUUGAAGUCUUCCCAGAAGAUGCAGCUCAGUACAACUGUGAAGCUAAGAAUGACUAUGGAGUAGCCACAAGUUCUGCAUCACUUAAUGUGGAAGUUUCAGAAGUGGUUUCUCCAGAGACUGUGGCCCCAGGGUCUCGACCGGUAAUUAUUACCUCGCUGCAAGGUACCUCUGCUGAAGAGGGAGAAUCAGCCAGAUUCCAGUGCCGUGUCACUGGAGAUGAUCUGAAGAUUACCUGGUACUGUAGAGAAAAGGAAAUUGUGAAGUCUGACAACUUCAUAAUGUCUCAGUUUGAUGACAUCUGUCAGCUCGAGAUCUCCAGAGCAUAUGCUCCAGAUGCAGGAGAAUACACAUGUGUUGCACGCAAUUCUGGAGGAAUGGUCUCUUGCUCUGCAGUUUUGACGGUUAAUGAUCUCAGUGUGAGAACAGUAGGUAGGCAAAGUGUUUCGAGCACCGGAAUGACUCAUUCGGAGAUGGUCACCUCCCAGACCAUGAGUGAGACUCAUUGUUCCACUAUGCAAACUUUUGAAAGCAUCCCUACGGUGAUGAUGUCCACAACAUCUGUUAAAAGCAUAGAGGUCCAACAAGUUACCUCUGUGGAAGAAUAUUCAACAAGCCCCGUUUUGACUCAGAAAAUGAGUGAUGUAUCUGUCGGCCUGGGUGAUGUGGCUCAGUUCAACUGUUCCUUCAGUGGACAGCCAUUUACUGAAAUUGUAUGGGAUCAUAACGGAAGGACGAUCACAAAUACAGAAAGGGUGCAGUGUGUACAUCAAGGCAAGCUCAUUUCUCUCAUGAUACUCCAUGUCCAUUUUGGGGACCAGGGACAUUACUGCUGUACUGUUAAAAAUAGAAAUGGCGAGAAUCGAACAUCUGCACAGCUCACAGUCGAAGCUAAAGAAGCGAACCCCAAAGAAACCCCCAUACCCUCCGAUUCUAUCAGUAAAUCUUCUAAAACUGAAAAUGAGUCAAGUAAAAAGGCCACUGACCAAGAAAAUCAGGAGUCCCUGCAGAAUGUUGGAGCCCUGACAACAAAGUGGCAGAUAAACCGACAUUACAAUCCUGAUGUUAUCCCUUUGUUGGAGCGUGACAUAUAUGAUGCAAUUCACCCAGAGUUCCUUGUGAAACUGUCCCCAGAAUUCCUUGCCAAACAAAGGGAGAGUGUUUCUCUUUAUAAUGUAAUCAAAGGAAGGCCCUCUCCAUUCGUUGUAUGGCUACACAACCAGUUGAAUGUUGAAGAGCCAAGGUCAUACUCCUUGAAACAUGAUGGGCCCUUGUGCUACUUAAAUGUAAAGAAUAUCUGUUCUGAGCAAGAGGGCACACAUUCUUGCAAAGUUAUCAAUGCUGCAGGAGACAAAACAUGCAGCACUCAUCUCAGAGUGAAGACAGUGUCCAAAGUGGAUGAGGAGGCCAGUCAUAAAGAAGAAGCAAAAGUUUUUUCUACCUCUACUAUAUCAACUGAGGAGGACUCUUGCCAAACAAGUCUUCAUUUAAUAGAAAAAAGAAAAACGUUUGAACUCCAGCCAGAGUCUAAAUUACUUUCAGAAUCAUUAGUGAAAAAGCCAGAAAAGCCAGUUUUUGUAACCAAAUUCUCAUCAGCAAUUGCAACUGUUGGAAACACGGCUAAGUUUACUGUGAUUGUGUCUGGAUUUCCUAAGCCAGUUGUUCAGUGGUACCACAAUGACCAAUUAUUAAAGUCCUCAUCUUUUUAUAUAUUAGUACAAGAGAAGGAAGAACACACUCUAAUAAUAACUAAAAUUACAAAGGAGUUGGAGGGAGAGUAUUCUUGCACAGCGAGCAACCGAUUUGGCAAGUCAAUAUGUACUUCCCAUCUUCAUGUUAAGGUGAAGGACCCAAAGAAACAAGAAGAGACCAUUGGGCAGCCUCCAUAUUUUGUCAAAGCAAUUGAGCCUGUGCAAUACGAAGUUGGGAGCCAUGCUCUCCUUGAAUACACUGUAACAGGAGUUCCACUUCCUGUUGUUCAGUGGUACAGAGGUAGCAAUCAAAUGCAGCCUAGCAAAUACUGCAUCAUUGUGAACAACAAAGAUGGGUCUGGAUAUUUAAAGAUAUUGGACAUUCAACAAAGCGACAGUAGUCUUUACUCUUGUAAGGCAUCUAAUCCUUUUGGAGAAACUUCUUGCAGCGCAGAACUCAUUGUAUUCUUGAGGACUGUUUCAGCAUCUGAAGCCACCGAGUCACAUAGUGUCAGCCUUCCGGAACAAGUAAGAACUAGCCUUCAGCAGGGACACCAGAUGGCUUGCACCAUUGCCACAAAAGACAGACAAACUGUUACAAGUGAGCAGAUACAUACUUUGCAUGUUUUAGAUGAAUCUACUGCCACUGUUCAAAUGGAGCAGGUAACUCACCAAGCUGCAUUAAUGCAGUCUCAUGAUGUGCAGGAGAGAGUAAAAGUUGCCUCUGCCCAGGCAAACCUAGUGGUGGCAACUCCUCUGAAACAGCUGCAGAUGGCUGCAAUGAUCUCUACUGUACAAGAAAAUCAAGGCUUUAUUGAGCAGCACUGUGAUCAAAUUGUUAGUCCAGAAGUCAGAGAGCUUGAAUUGAGUUUUGAGGUGCCAUCAAAACUUAUGUCUGCCAUUUCAGAAAGUACUUUACCUCUUAGCAUAGUGAAAGCUGAGGAUUUGAUAAAAAGUGAAACAGAAAAGAUGCACACAACUUUAACACCAAAGGUUAUUGUUAGUAGUCAUCAAGUUGAAAUGAAGCUGCCAAUUCUUGGAGAGGACUGCACAACAAUUAAAAGCCCUGAAGAGAUGAAAAGCUACAAAGUUACCGAAGGGGUUAGGUUAUUGUAUACUGCAACAUCAUCAGAGAAUGUAGCACUUACAGAAUGUAAUGCUUCAGAGCUAGCAACUAUUGAGUCCAUUGAAUGUUUAGCCGAAGAGGAACAAGCCAAACCAGUGCUUACGUCAGUUUGUGAAACUGAGCACACUCUUUUAAAAGAAAAACCCUUUGGAAUGCAUAGACCAGUUGAGGAAACUGCUCAGCUCUUUAAAGAUCAAAUAUUAAAAUCAGCCCUAGUUACUGAAGAAAAGAUCAAGCUUCAAGCUGACAAAACCACUGGAAUACCGGUCCUGGAGCAUCCUUUUUCAGUCCAUUCCCAGAAGGAAAAGGAUCAGGUGCUUAAUUUACAGCUUAUCAGUGACCAAGACACUCUUUUGUCUGAAGUCAGAUUUACUUGUGAGAAGCCAGAUUUUGGAGCUGGCAGAUGUCAGAUGCCAGUUAUUUUACACACAGUUUCUUCUGAUGACCAGAAAACAGUUUUCUAUGAACAAGUAGCACAGUGUGCAUCCAAGUAUACCACAAUGGUUGUAAAGCCUAGUUUAGAGGUUCCUGGCCAAUUACAUCUCCACUCGGUGCAGUCGAAAACCUUUUUGUGUAAAGAAGAGUUAGUUUCAGUUGAAAAACCAGAAGAACAGAAAGCCACCCAGAGACAAGAAAAAUACAGUAAAUUUGUAGCCACUAAAGAAGAACAAGUAGAACUAACAUCAGAUUAUGCUGGUCUUGAUGUGAAAGUAGAAGGUCUUAAAAUUGAGCUCAAAACAGAAGCCAGACCUUUGAGUGUUCUUCAGGUAGUCUCACAGCCUGUUCCACUUUCAAAGGAAAGCCCUAUUGCAAGUGAGGUCAAGCCACAAAGUGCAAUUUUGCAGAAAGAGGACUGGUGGAAUAACAUGCAUGCAGCAUCAGUGUCUGAAUCUCAUUCUAUAGAAGAGGGCCUCACAGACAGUUUCAAAGCAGUUGAGAAAUUCACUUGUAAGACAGAUGUAGAGCCUAAAGUACCUGUUCAGUAUUUGCAUGUAGAGGACAAAUCCAUAGCAACAGAAAGUUGUGCUGCUCUUGAGGCUGCUGAGCAAGACUUUGCAGUUCAGAUUCAAGAAGGUCAGUCUGUAAGACAGUCAGUACUUAUAGAGGAAAAACAUUCAAUGACAGGUGAAAUGUCAGAAGGAUUUACCAGAUCAGAAGCGACUAAAAUAAACAUUACAACACAGCCAUUAGAACCGCUUUUAGUAAGUGAAUCGCAAGAAAGCAAAACUCUUCCAAAGGAACUUACCUUUGUAAUUCCUGUACCAAAAUCACACAACUUGGACAUCAAACAACAGUUGAGAAUGACACUUCAGUCUGCUGUGGCUUGUGAUCAGCCUUUAAUUUUGGCAGAUGUAGUGCAAAGUUUAGGAGUUGUGGAAGUAAAGGAGGUCAAUGUGCGUAUGGAACCAAACUACAUGAUGUGCACUUACCUUAUUACAACAGCUGGUCCACCUAUAGAAAUUACAAUCGUCUUCGAGGGUGUAUACCCUCAGAGAGCAGCUCUUAAAGACGAACUUCCUGCUGCUUUCUACUCUAUGCUUAAUCAAGAGAAACUCGUCUUCAGCUCUGAACAGUCAAACAUCUUAAAACUUGACAGACCUGAGAGAUUGCUGGAUAGCAAAGCUUCUUCAUAUCCAUUAUCCUCAGCAAUUUUAACAGAAAAUGUUGAAAUGUUUACAACACCUAAAAAGCAGUCUGCAGCUCUGCAGACAGAAGCUCAAGUCUUUUUGCAUUCCGCAAUGACUCAAAGGCAAACUGCUAUCCAGGAGUCAGAGCACCAUGUGACCCAGAAGGCUGCAGAAUCCAAAAUGGAGAUCCACCGUUUCAGUGAGACCGAACGCAGGGAAAUUAAAUCCAUUUCAUCUGAACAUUAUAAGAGAGAGGUGUGUUUUUCAGAUAUCACAGUUGAUGCACCUCCUAGACAGAUCACUGUGGAAGAGUCUAUGGAUGUUCUUAUUCAAGAAGACAAAAGAGAGGCGGUUGCAACAGAGGGCAUUUUAAUUAAGCAUUUGACAGAAGAGCUCCUUUUUGAAAUACUAUUAAAAGACAUUUCUGCUGAAGAGAAUUCCAAAGUUACAUUGUCUGUGAGAAUAAAAGGUGUUAAAAGUGUAAACUGGCUUUUGAACGGAGUAUCGAUUAAACCUGGCAAAGAGUUCAGAUGUUUAAAGGACAGUGAUUCUUACACACUAGUUAUCAACAAAGUUAUCAAGGGGAAACAUGAAGGGGAAUAUACCUGUGAAGCUGUGAGUGAAGCUGGCAAGAUAUCAUCAUCCUCAUCAAGGCUCACUGUUGUCUCAAGAGUGCCUCCAGUUUUCAAGAAGAAGUUUUAUGACAUUGAGAGCAACGUCGGCAGCCCAGUGAAGUUUGAAUGCGAGAUUGAAGAGACACCUAACGUGACUUUCAAGUGGUUCAAGUCUGGCUCUGAAAUUAGACAGAGUGACAAGUUCAGGAUCAUCAGCUGGCAAAGGACAUCAUCUUUGGAGCUCCUCAACCCAACAAAGGCCGACAUUGGUGAAUACAGCUGUUGUGCAUCAAACAAGCACGGUAGUGACACCUGCUCUGCUAAUCUGUACAUCACUGAAACCCCCUCCAUCACAAAAGAAUUACCAAUGCUGGAUGUAGUGAAGGUGACCAGUGCUUUAUUUGGGAGUGAGCUCAUUGGUACUGCCCCGUUUGAAAUAAACUUGUUAAAAAAUAAGAGAUUUAUCAAUACUGACAAAAUUAUUUUUGAAGAUUUAAUUGAAUAUUUGGAGACACGUCCCUUUGAAAGUUCAGAUUUUGGGGAGUACCAAUGUUGCCUAUCAAACGAAGUUGGAAAAAUCGCCUCAAAAUCAGUUGCUAUAAUAAGAGCAUCAGCAGCUGCCCGCUUUGUGAAGACCCUGAGCAACAUUUCCAUCCCAAUGAGCCAAAAGUUGAGACUUGAGUGCACAUUCAGUGGAGCCCAGAAAUUGUUUGUGACCUGGUUCAAAGAUGGCAGACAACUCUAUGCAUCAUACAGAUACAAUACAAAAGUCACAGAUAACUCCUGCAUUUUGGAAUGUCUUCAUGAAUGUGACAAGAACACCACAGGAAAAUACUCUUGUGAAGUCUCCAAUGCCUUUGGAAGAGAUAUUUGCCAUGCUAAUGUGACUGCAGUGACGGAACCUGCCCGUUUUGUGAAGAAGUUGACAGAUCAAUUCAUUCCAAUGAGUAAAAAGCUAAGACUUGAAUGCACAUUCACCGGAGCUCCAAAAAUGUUUGUCACUUGGUACAAGGAUGGCAAACAGCUGUUUGCUUCAUAUCGAUACAACACCAAAGUUACAUCAGACUCCUGUAUCCUGGAGUGUCUGCAUGAGUGCAAUAAUGAGACUACAGGAAAAUACUCAUGUGAAGUUUCAAACGUUUAUGGAACGGAUAUAUGUCAUGCUGAAGUUGUGGCAGUUACAGAGCCUGCCCGCUUUGUGAAGAGGUUGACAGACAUGGCUAUCCCACUCAGUCAGAAACUGAGACUUCAGUGUACAUUCACUGGAGCACCAAAGAUGUUUGUCACAUGGUACAAAGAUGGAAAACAACUGUAUGCUUCAUACAGAUACAAUACAAGGAUCAUUGAGAACAUGUGCGUCUUGGAAUGCCUCCAUGAAUGUAACAAUGGCACUCCUGGAAAAUACUCUUGUGAAGUUUCAAAUUCCUUUGGCACUGAUAUCUGUCAUGCCAAUAUAACUACAGUUACAGAGCCUGCCCGCUUUGUGAAGAGGUUGACAGACAUGGCUAUCCCACUCAGUCAGAAACUGAGACUUCAGUGUACAUUCACUGGAGCACCGAAGAUGUUUGUCACAUGGCACAAAGAUGGAAAACAACUGUAUGCCUCAUACAGAUACAACACAAGGAUCAUUGAGAACAUGUGCAUCUUGGAAUGCCUCCAUGAAUGUAACAAUGACACUCCUGGAAAAUACUCUUGUGAAGUUUCAAAUUCCUUUGGCACCGAUAUCUGUCAUGCCAAUAUAACUACAGUUACAGAACCUGCCCGAUUUGAACAGAAGCUUAAGGACAAAAAAGUUGCCAUGAGCAAAAAAUUGAAGCUUGAGUGCACAUUUACCGGAGCUCCUAAAAUCUUUGUCACUUGGUACAAGGAUGGGAAACAAAUAUAUGCCUCUUACAGAUAUAAUACUCAAGUUGUUGGAAACACCUGCACUCUAGAAUGUUUACAUGAAUGCACCAAAGACACUCCUGGAAAACACUCCUGUGAGGUGUCCAAUUUCUAUGGAAGUGAUAUCUGUCAUGCUGAAGUGGUCACAGUAUCUGGACCUGCUCGUUUUGUGAAGAAGCUCACAAACCAGAAUCUUCAAUGGGGGCAAAAGUUGAGGCUCGAAUGUUCCUUCACAGGAAUUGAAAAAAUGUUUGUCACAUGGUACAAGGAUGGCAAACAGCUCUAUGCGUCAUACAGAUGCAACACAAAAGUAAUUGGAAACACUUGCGCUUUGGAAUAUCUUCACGAGUGUGAUGUCAAUACUCCUGGAAAAUAUUCUUGUGAGGUUACAAAUGAAGAUGGAUCAGAUAUUUGUCAUUCGCUGGUCACCCUUGCGACAGAACGCAAAAUUCCACCAACUUUCACUAAGAAGCCCUCAGAACACAUUGAGGAUGCUGAGGGCAAAUUGAUGAAGCUUGAGGGUCGAGUAUCUGGUUCACAACCUCUGUCUGUAAGCUGGUACAAAGAUAACAGUGAACUCAACACUUCUGACAACUAUGACAUUUCCUUCAAGGACAACACUGCUUUGAUAUGUCUCAAGAAGGCCAGUGUCAAAGACAGCGGAGUUUAUACAUGCAGAGCUUCGAAUGAAGCUGGCACUGCCUCCUUCCAGGUGGUGGUUAACAUCACAGGGCAAAAAAGGCCACCGAGUUUUGACAUUCCUCUAAAACCAGUAACAGUUAGUGCGGGCGAAAGGCUAAACCUUAGCUGCCAUGUCUGCGGGUCUCCCCCAAUGAAGAUUCAGUGGAUGAAAGACAGAAGGGAGGUCACAUCCUCUGCUAACACCAGGAUGGUGUUUGUGGAUGGCACAGCCACCCUGGAGAUAAACCAGACAUACAAAUCUGAUGCAGGAGAUUAUCUGUGCAAGGCAACCAACAAUGCUGGUAGUGAAUUCUCCAAGGCCAAAGUCAUAUUCAAAGAUAAAACAGCACUUGCAACAGCACCGGCAGCCCCCACAGCACCUCAGACAGUUAAAAAACUGGAUAACUUGUUCUUCAUUGAGGAGCCCAAGGGCGUUCAUGUUAUUGAGAAGGGUACGGCUACCUUCAUUGCUAAAGUUGGUGGUGAUCCCAUUCCCAAUGUGAAGUGGAUGAAGGGCAAAUGGAGGCAGAUGACUCAUGGUGGGCGUGUCAACAUUCAUCAAAAAGGCCAAGAGUCUAAACUGGAGAUUAAAGAGGUGACCAAAUCUGACUCUGGUCAGUACAGAUGUGUUGCCUCAAACAAACAUGGAGAAAUUGAGUGCAGCACAGACUUGAAUGUUGAUGAGAAAAAAGAUUCUGGGCCAGAGAUGGUCAAACUGAAGAAGACUCCAUCAAAGCAGAAAAGUCCAAAGGAAGAUAAAGACAUUGACAUUGUUGAGUUGCUAAGAAAUGUAGAUCCAAAAGAGUAUGAGAAAUAUGCUCGUAUGUAUGGAAUCACAGACUUCCGAGGUCUUCUUCAAGCUAUUGAGUUUCUGAAGAAGGAGAAGUGUGAAGAAAGUGGAAGACCGGAAAGUGAACAUGGAAGAGAAAGUGAUGAGGAUUUGGCUAAGCUUGUGGCUGAUUUGCAGAGGAGAAUGGAACAAAGUGAACCUGUCACCCUGCUUAACGACAUCACAGAUCAGUCAACACAAGUUAACAAAGAGGCUGUGUUUGAGUGUGAAAUCAAAAUCAACUAUCCCGAAAUUACACUGUCUUGGUAUAAAGAUGCACAAAAGCUAGAAACUAAUGAUAAAUACGACAUUAAACUCAUGGGUGACCGCCAAAUAUUGAAGAUCAAGAACUGUCAGACCAGCGACCAGGGAAAUUACCGGGUCGUUUGUGGGCCACAUAUAUCCAGUGCCAGACUGACAGUGUUGGCUGAUCAAAUUCAGUUCACCAAGCGCAUUCAAAAUAUUGUGGUGAAUGAGCAUCAGUCUGCCACUUUUGAGUGCGAGUUGUCUUUUGACAACGCGGUCGUCACCUGGUUUAAAGAUGCAUGGGAGCUUAAAGAGAGCCUGAAAUAUACCUUCAGAUGUGAGGGACGAAGGCACUUUAUGAUCAUCCGCAAUGUAACCUCUGACGAUGAAGGCGUGUACUCUGUGAUUGCUCGCCUGGAGCCCAUUGGUGAAACUAAAAGUACAGCUGAGCUUUAUUUGUCAGGAAAAGAAUUUGAAAUAAGAACACGUUCUUUUGAUUUUCCUGAUACAUCGAUAUAUGUACCAGAUGUGUCAUCUCUGAUUAGUUUUAAAGAUGAAUCCUCAGAAUUUCAUAAUGAAGAACAAUUUGAAAUAACAGACUUGAAGAAACCUGUUGAGGAGUCCGUAACAAAACGCCUAGUCGAGAGGACAGAGGAGGCGCCUAAGAAAGUUAUGAAGCAACCAGAAGAGAAACCUGGAACAACGUUUGUACAGCCUUCAGUUCCCGAGAAAGAAUCUGAAGACAAGAAGCCUGUUGAGGAAAAAGUCCUAUCUGUCAAGGUGACAGGGCAAAAAGAACAACCCACACCCAAAGAGCCUAAACCUCAGGUGCCAGCAGAACCAAAAGUUCCAGUGGCUGAACCAAAGCCUGAACUUAAGUCUGAGCCAAAAGUUCCAGUGGCUGAACCAAAGCCUGAUCCUAAGUCUGAGCCAAAAGCUCUACCUAAACUUGAGCCCAAGCCGGAGGUAAAAGCUACACCAAAACCUGAGGCUGAACCUAAGCCUGCAGCUGCAAAGAAGGUUGAGGCACCUUCUGUCAAAGCACCCGAAGCACCAAAGAAGCUAGAAGCUGCACCUCAACCAUCCUUAGUUAUUAAAAAAGAUGAGGCUUUACCUCUAAAGUCAGAUACUACUCAAAUAAAAGCUCUUGUGGAGAUGAAGGAAAUUGAAGUACCAAAAGUAAAGCUAGAUAGAAAACCAGAGCCUGCACUUGUUGCUGCUGAGCCACCAAAGAAAGAAGCCUCUACACUACUACAAGAAGAAUCUAUCAAAGAUCAUUUGCCUGUCCUCUCCGAGCCAUCAAGUGUAGACCCAGCUAGACAGUUUAAACCUACACAAAGCCAGCAUCCUGAGCCAGUUAGAAAACAAGAAGUCACAUCAGCUCCACCAGAGGUUAUAGUUGAACCAAGAAAGCCACCUUCCCGAGAAGUUUCCCAAGCAGAAUCAGUCAGAAACGUUGAACCUUCACCUAAACCUUCAGAGUUACUGCAAGCAGAUCAAGCAAAAAAGCAAGUGCCACCGAAGAGUGAACCAACCCCUAAAAUCAGUGAGCCAGCACUUGCCCACAAAAAGGAGGGUCAUCCAGAGAAAGCGGUUGAAGUAAAGGCUGCUGAACUACCAUCUGAGAAAAAGCCUUUGACUAAAUCUAAAAUGGAGACUGAGAUGCCCCUAGCCAAAGUCUUUGCAGCGUCUGAAGAAAGAAUUGAACAAAAUCCCUACACAGUGCAAGCAACUCAGAAGAUUUACAUGGAAGAAAUGUUUUUGAAAGAGGAAAUUGCGGAAGAGAGUAAAAGCAUGCCUCAUCAACCUGAGGAAAUUUUGUCUCUUCAAGAACAUAUUAUAAAGAUGGAUAUGAGUCAUCACAGUAGAGAAUUAGCUCCUGAAGAUUUGAAAAUAGUUGAAACAGAGGUUUCCCUGAUACAAAUAAAAGAGAUACCCGAGACAACCUCAUCAAAGCAAGAAAUGCAUAUUGAGAACAUUGAAAUUCCUUCAGAAGCUGUGGUGAAUUUCAGCAUUGAGUCGUCACUGAGAAGUCAAAAUAUAACACCAGAUGAAAAGAAAAAAACGGCAGAUAUGCCUCUACAAAAGAGAGAAGACACCCCCAGAAUAGAGAUGGCCAUUCAGAGAAAAAUAGAAGCUCACAAAAAAGAGAAUAUUCACUUACAACAGUCUGUUCAUGAAAACAACAGAUCACAGGAGGAACCCCCUCAGAUAUCACCAGAGAUAACACCAUUAGUAAAACCAAAAGAAAAUGGAACAAAAAUGAAGGAAGUGCGUAAAGUACUUGAAAGAGAACCAGGUUUAGUAAAGAAACCUGAACCGGAAGUCCCAAAGGCAACUGUGGCUCCAGUUGAACAGAAAACAUUUCCUCCAUCAAAAGAGCCAAGUGUUGAAAAUAAACCAGUUCCUGAAGUACCAAAGCGAACUGUGACUCCAGUAGAACAUAAAACAAUAUAUCCUCCAAAAGAGCCAACUAUUGAAAAGGAACCAUCUCCUGUUGCACCAAAGCCAACAGCAACUCCAAUUGAACAGAAAGUCUCUCCACCCACAGAUGCAGUCAAAGGCCCUGUUACAGCUCCUGGACCUGCUCCCAAAGAUGGAAAACCAAAGGAGGAGCCAGCUCCAGGCAGAGGCAGAGGACUAAGACCAAGACAAACUCCUUCUCCUGGUGAUGGUGGAAGGGGUAGAGGGAAACCUGGUGGUGGUGGUGACAAGCCUCCUGGAGAUUCACCAUUUGGUUUCCAGCUCAAAGCGGUACCCCUCAAAUUUGUGAAGGAGCUCCAGGACAUUGUGUUGCAGGAGGCUGAGUCAAUUGGCUCCUCGGCUGUAUUUGAGUGCCAGAUCUCUCCAUCUACUGCUAUCACCACCUGGAUGAAAGAUGGAAGCAAUCUAAGGGAGAGUCCAAAGCACAAAUUCACAUCUGAUGGCAAAGACCGGAAACUGCAAAUCAUUGAUGUACAGCUUUCAGAUACUGGAGAGUACACAUGUGUUGCAAAGCUGGGCAACAAAGAGAAGACCUCAACAGCUAAACUUGUAGUAGAAGAAUUACCUGUGAAAUUCACAAAGAAUCUUGAAGAAGAGACCUCCGUGCUUAAGGGGCAGCCAAUGUAUUUGACCUGUGAGUUGAGCAAGGACAAAGAUGUGGUCUGGAAGAAGAAUGGAAAAGAGAUCAAGGAAAUUCCGGGCAAAAUUCAAAUCAACGUUAUUGGACUACAGCGUGCCAUCACAAUUCAGGGCACGAAUGAUGAUGAUGCUGGUCUUUACACAUGCGAGUGUGAAAACAUUAAAACUCAAACUAAUGUCAAGAUUAUUGAAAUUGUAAGAGACUGGUUAGUGAAACCUUUGCGGGACCAGCAUGUGAAACCCAAAGCCACUGCUACAUUUAAGGGCGAGCUCUUCAAAGACACACCUAACUGGAAGUGGUACAAGGGUAAUGAUGAAAUCCCAAAUGAGCCUACUGAUAAGACGGAGGUGAAGAAGGAGGGUAAAGAGAUCACUCUUACGGUCAAAAAUACCCAGCCUGAUGACGUUGCUGAAUAUGCUGUGGAGGUUGAAGGCCACAGAUACAUAGCAAAACUAACACUUGGAGAACGUGAAGCUGAGAUCUUGAAGCCUCUUGCAAGUGUGGAGGUGGUUGAGAAAACGGAGGCCAACUUUGACACUGAAAUUUCAGAAGAUGAUGUGCCUGGAGAAUGGAAACUUGGAGGUCAGGUUCUGACAAGAUCACCGACAUGUGACAUCAGAUCUGAGGGAACCAAACGAUUCCUUACUAUCAAAAAUGUUCAGCUUGAUCAGGCUGGUGAAGUUACAUACCAAGCUCUGAAUGCUGUGACAAGUGCUAUGCUCACAGUCAAAGAGUUGGAAAUGGAAUUCACAGUCCCAUUGAAGGACGUUACUGUGCAUGAAAAGAAACAGGCAAAGUUUGAAUGCACCAUCAAUAAGGAUGUGCCUAAAGUGAUUUGGUUUAAGGGUUCUGAUAUUGUUACACAAGGAAAUAAGUAUGAAAUCAUUGAUGAUGGAAAGAAACACAUACUUAUUGUUAAUAACUGUGGCUUUGAGGAUGAGGGAGAAUACAAUAUUGAGGUCUUGGGCAAAUCAUCAAAAGCAAAUCUGAUGGUAGAGGGUAUGAGGCUGAACUUCACCUCAACAUUAAAGGACCUAACUGUGAAGGAAGGUAAAACGGCUGUAUUUCAGUUUGAGCUUUCUCAUGAGAAUGUCCCCGUGACAUGGUACAAAAAUGAAAUAAAAGUGCAUCCGAGCAGAACCGUUUUCACCAGCAUGGUGGGAGUGAAGCAUACGCUAGAAAUUAAGGAAGUAUCACUAGAUGAUACUUGCCUAAUAAAAGCAGAGGCUAAAGGAAUAUCCACAAUGGCUAAGCUGCUGGUGAUUGAGGGUGAUGCAUAUUUCACUGUCAAGUUACAAGAUUUCACUGCAGUCGAGAAAGAUGAAGUCACAUUUGACUGCGAGCUCAGUAGAGAUGUUCCUGUGAAAUGGUUCCACAAUGAAAUUGAAAUGAAAGCCUCCAAGAUGGUUACCAUAAAAGCUGAAGGCAAACGAAGAAUCCUCAAUCUUAAGAAAGUUGAGGACAAAGAAAAGGGAUUAUAUGUUUGUGACUGUGGAACAGACAAGUCUUCAGCAAACUUGAACAUUGAAGCUCGUGACAUCAAAGUGGUGCGACCCAUAUAUGGCGUUGAGCUCUUUGAUGGAGAGACAGCUCGUUUUGAGGUGGAAAUCUCUGAAGAUGAUGUCCAUGGCCAAUGGAAACUGAAGGGCGAAGUAUUAUCUUCUUCACCUGAUGUUGAGAUUAUUGAGGAUGGUGCAAAACAUACAUUAACACUCUACAACUGCAAAGUUUCUCAGUCUGGGGAGGUUACCUUCCAGGGAGCGAAUGCAAAGUGUUCUGCAAAUCUUAUAGUGAAAGAUUUGCCCAUUUCUUUUGUCAUGCCUUUGAGCGAUGUACAAGUCUAUGAGAAAGAUGAUGCAAGAUUUGAAAUUGAAUUGUCAAGAGAGGCUAAGGUCACCCGUUGGCUUAAGGGAUCUCAGGAGUUGAAGGCUGAUGAAAAGUUUGAAAUGCUCACAGAGGCGAAAAGGCAUAUUCUAGUGGUCAAGUCUGUUGCGUACGAGGAUGAGGCUAAGUACAUGUUUGAGGCUGAGGACAAGAGAACAUCUGCCAAACUUGUUAUUCAGGGCAUUCGACUUGAGUUUGUCAGACCCAUUAAAGAUGUCACUGUUAAGGAGCGUGAGACUGCAGAAUUUAGCAUUGAACUCUCUCAUGAGAAGGUUCAAGUCACCUGGUACAAGAAUGACGUGCGUUUACAUCCAAGCAAAGUGGUGCACAUGUCCGAGGAUGGCAAGACCCAUACUCUGUCCUUCAAAGAGGUGUCUAUUGAUGACACAUCUCUCAUUAAAGUUGAGGCUCUUGGGAAAAGCUCUGAAGCAAUGCUCACUGUACUUGAGGGAGAACCUUACUUUACUACCAAGUUGCAGGACUACACUGCAGUUGAGAAGGAUGAGGUUGUCCUAAUGUGCGAAGUGAGCAAAUCAUCUGCUCAGGUGAAAUGGUUCAAAGAUGGCAAUGAGAUCACUCCCUCUAAGAAUGUCGUCAUCAAGGCUGAUGGAAAGAAACGUAUCCUGACAGUAAAGAAGGCAGAGAAGGCCAACAUUGGCGAUUACGCUUGUGACUGCGGCUCUGACAAAACAACAGCCAAGCUUAACAUUGAAGAACGUGAUAUUAAGAUUACCCGUCCACUGUAUAGUGUGGAGGUCACAGAGACAGAGACUGCUCGCUUUGAGACAGAAAUUUCUGAGGAGGAUGUACAUGGAAACUGGAAACUCAAAGGAGAUGCCCUGCACCAGUCACCGGACUGUGAAAUUAAGGAGGAAGGCACCAAGCACAUGCUUAUCCUUUACAAUGUCCGCAUGGAUAUGGCUGGUGGUGUAGAUUUUAGUGCUGCAAAUGCUAAAUCAAGUGCUCAGCUAAGAGUUAAAGCACGCACAAUUGGCCUUCUGCGACCUCUUCGGGAUGUCACUGUCACUGCCGGAGAGACUGCCACCUUUGACUGUGAGCUCUCAUAUGAAGAUAUUCCUGUUGAAUGGUUUGUUGGAUCAACAAAGAUGGAGCCAAGUGAUAGGGUGGUCACGAGAGCAGAAGGAAGACUGCAUUCCCUGACUCUGAGAGAUGUCAAGAUGACAGAGGCUGGGGAAGUGAAACUGACUGCAAAGGACUUUGUUACCCAGUCCAAACUCACUGUGAAUGAGCCACCAGUUGAGUUCACCAAGCCCUUGGAGGACCAGACUGUUGAGGAGGAGGCCACUGCCAUUCUGGAGUGUGAACUGUCCAGGGAGAAGGCUGAUGUGAAGUGGUUCAGAGACGGACAGGAAAUUCGUAAAACAAAAAAGUAUGAGAUGGUGGCUGAGGGACGCAUAAGAAGGCUGAUCAUCAAGGACUGUAGCCUUGAUGACUCCAAGACAUAUACUUGUGAUGCAAAGGAGUUCAAGACGUCUGCUUUCUUAAAUGUUGAACCUCCAUUUGUUGAAUUCGCUAAGCCUCUUCACGAUGUUGAGGUUAAGGAGAAGGAAUCUGCUAAGUUUGAAUGCGAAGUGUCCCGUGAAAGUGCCAAGGUCCGCUGGUUCAAAGAUGGCGCUGAGAUCAGGAAAGGCAAAAAGUAUGAGAUUAUUGCCAAGGGAUUACAGCGUAUUCUCAUCAUCAGUAAGGCAGUGUUUGAUGAUGAGGCAGAAUAUGAAUGUGAUGCAAGAACAUCCAAAUCCUCUGGAAUGCUAACAGUUGUCGAGGAGGAAGCUAGAUUUACAAAGAACCUAUCCAAUGUUGAGGGCACAGAAACCGACAGCAUUAAGAUGAUUUGUGAGGUCUCUAAACCCAGUUCAGAGGUUUCAUGGUACAAGGGUGACCAGGAGGUCCAUGAGGGUGGUAGAUUUGAACAUGUUGCAGAUGGGAGAAAGAGAAUUCUCAUCAUACAGGACCUCCGUAUGGAUGACGCUGGAGAGUACCACUGCAAAUUGCCUGCUUCAGAAACAAAAGCAACUCUAAAGAUCAGUGAAUUGGCAGCUGAAUUCAUUGCUAGGCCCCAAAACCAAGAGGCCAUUGAAGGUGAAAAGGCUGAGUUUGUUUGCUCAGUGUCUAAGGAAAAUUAUGAAGUUAAAUGGUUCAAAGGAGACAAAGAACUCACAGCUGAUGACAAGUAUGAAAUUGUCUUUGAUGGCAAGAGGAGGGCGCUGAUUGUCAAAAACUGUGAACUAAAAGAUGAGGGUGCAUUCACUGCCCACAUUGGCUCUGUAAAGGCUUCAGCAGACUUGUUGGUGAUUGAAAAACUGAGGAUAAUCACACCCCUCAAGGAUGCCCAAGUAAAGGAAGGACAAGAGAUUAUUCUUAACUGUGAGGUGAACUCAGCGGGAGCUAAAGCCAAGUGGCUGAAGAACAGUGAGACAGUGUUUGAGAGUAGCAAGUUUGUUAUGGUUCAGAGAGACACUGUGUUCUCUCUGAGAAUCAAAGCUGCAGAAAAGAUAGAUGAAGCCAGUUACACCAUUACACUGACAAACCAGCGUGGAGAACAGGCCAAGUGUUCUGCUAACAUCAAUGUACUAGAGGAAGCCAUCAAGAUCAUUGAGCCACUAGAGGACUGUGAAAUAGAGGAAAAGAAGACCAUUACUUUCACUUGCAAAGUGAAUAGACCAAAUGUGACAGUCCAGUGGAUGAAGGCCGGUCAAGAGAUCACUUUCAGCAAGCGUAUUCUGUAUCGUGUGGACAAGGACAAGCACACUCUGACCAUUAAGGACUGCAGCCUUGCAGAUGAAGGUGAAUACACUGUAGUUGCUGGCGCUGAUAAGUCCACAGGAGAACUGGUCAUCAGUGAGGCACCCACUGAUUUCACCACUCAGCUCAGAGACCAAACCAUCACAGAGUUUGAGGAUGCUGAGUUCACUUGCAAAUUGUCAAAGGAAAAGGGCCAUGUUAAAUGGUACAGGAACGGACGGGAAAUCAGAGAAGGACCCAGAUAUCAUAUGGAGAGAGAUGGAAAAGAAUGCAAGCUUGUAGUCAAAGAGUGCAGACCAGAUGAUGAAUGUGAAUAUGCAUGUGGAGUGGAAGAUAAAAGAUCAAGGGCACGUCUCUUUGUUGAAGAGAGUCCAGUGGAAAUCGUCAGACCACCCACAGAUGUAUUUGAGCCCCCAGGAUCCGAUAUUGUGUUUGAGGCUGAACUAAAUAAAGACAGAGUUGAGGUCAGAUGGAUGAGAAACAACAUGGUCAUUGUCCAGGGUGACAAAUACCAGAUGAUUAGUGAGGGCAAAGUUCAUAGACUUCAGGUCUGUGAGAUCAGACCCCGUGAUCAGGGAGAAUACAGAAUAGUUGCCAAGGAGAAGGAUGCCAGAGCCAAGCUUGAGCUUGCCGCUAUUCCAAAGAUCAAGACCACAGAUCAGAACCUUGUAACAGAUGCUGGAAAGCCAUUUGUGAUGACGAUUCCCUACGAUGCUUAUCCUCGUGCUGAGGCAGAAUGGUUUUACAAUGACAUCAGCCUACCAGGGCAAAACAUUGACACAUCUAAUGAACGAACAGAGUAUAGGCUCAAGGACCCAAAGAAGUCAGACCAGGGUCGUUACAAGAUUGUCAUUAAGAAUAAACAUGGAACAGGAGAGGCGUUUAUUAAUCUGGAUGUAAUUGAUGUUCCGGGACCUGUGAAGAACUUGCAUGUUGUUGACACUGCUGAUGGUGAGGUCAGCCUUGCUUGGGAGGAACCGGAAAGUGAUGGCGGAAGCAAGAUCUUGGCUUAUGUUGUUGAGAGACGAGAUGUCAAACGCAAGACCUGGACAAUGGCCACAGACCGUGCUGAUAUUCCAGAGUAUUGUGUUGGUGGAUUGCAGAGGGACAACAUGUAUUUCUUCCGUGUAUGUGCUCGCAAUAGAGUUGGGAAUGGAGAGACUGUUACCACAGAUGAGGCAGUUCAAGCCAAAAACAAAUUUGAUGUGCCUGAUGCACCUCAAAAGGUUAUGGUUGGAGUUGUCAAUAGGUUAGGUGCCACUGUGUCUUGGGAACCACCACUCUUUGAUGGAGGAUCUGAGAUCACAUCUUAUAUCAUUGAGCUCCGUGACAGAACCUCCCUGAAAUGGGAGCCUGCUAUGGUGGUCAAAGCUGAGGAUCGCACAGCCACACUCAGUGAUGUUGUUGAAAACAAGGAGUACAUCUUCAGGGUCAGAGCUGAGAACAAAGCUGGAAUUGGCCAGCCAAGUGCUGCCACAGAUCCAGUGAAGAUUAUGGAUCCCAUUGAGAGGCCAAGUCCACCUCUGAACUUCAACUACACAAAUCAGACCAAAGACUCAGUUCAGCUGUCAUGGGAAACGCCCAUCAGCAAUGGAGGUAGCAUGAUUACAGGAUACAUCAUUGAGAAGUGUGAAGAUGGCACUGACAAGUGGCUGAGAUGUAACGCUAGACUUUGCCCUGACCUUUACUACAGGGUUUCUGGUCUGAAGUUUGGUCAGAAAUAUCACUACAGAGUUUGUGCAGAAAAUGCUGCUGGGGUGUCUGAGCCAGCUGAUGCAAUUGGGCCACUUUUAGCCGAUGACCCUCAUGUGGGUCCCACCAUUGAUCUUAGUGGUUUUAAAAAUGGUCUUGAGGUCAUUGUCCCCAAUGCUCUUACCAUCCGAGUUCCCAUUACGGGAUAUCCUAUGCCUAAACCCAAGUGGACAUUUGAUGACAAAGAGCUCACCACAGGUGACCGUGUUUCCAUGGUCACAAAGCCUACAUUCACAGAACUGGUUGUUGCACCAAGUGUGCGUCCAGACAAGGGAACAUAUACCUUACAAAUGGAGAAUGAUGUGACAACCAUAUCUGGAGAGAUCGAAGUCAAUGUUAUUGCAUGUCCAAGUGCACCCAAAGACUUUAAAGUUGCAGAGGUGACCAGACAUCAUGUGCAUCUAAUGUGGGAAGCACCAGAGUAUGAUGGAGGCAGCCCUGUAAGUGGGUUCAAUAUUGAGAAAAGAGAGGUUUCCCGCAAGACCUGGGUCAAGGUGAUGUCAGGCGUACAGGACCUUGAGUUCACUGUCACAGAUGUCAUUGAGGGCAAAGAGUACUUGUUCAGUGUUAUUGCUUGCAACAAAUGUGGACCAGGAGAGCCAGCAUACAUUGAUGAACCUGUGAAUGUGUCAUCCCCAGCCACUGUGCCUGAUCCUCCUGAGAACCUGAAAUGGAGGGACAAAUCAGCAAAGACCAUCUUUCUGCUUUGGGAACCUCCCAGAUAUGAUGGUGGUGCUGCUGUUAAGGGCUACAUUGUUGAUAAAUGUCAGCGUGGCACUGACAAAUGGGAAGCCUGUGGAGAUCCCAUGCCUGAGCUUAAGUUCCAGGUGACUGGUCUAAUUGAAGGUCAAUGGUAUGCCUAUCGCGUGAGAGCUGUGAACAGACUUGGAGCCAGCCGACCAUGCAAGGCUACAGACGAGAUCCUUGCUGUGGAUCCUAAAGAGCCACCAGUGAUCCAGCUGGAUGCUAAGCUUCUUGCAGGCUUGACUGCUAGGGCUGGGACUAAGAUUGACCUGCCAGCUGAUGUGCUUGGCAAGCCAGAGCCAAGAGUAAAAUGGACAAAGGCUGACCUUGUCCUGAAACCAGAGGAUAGGAUAAGCAUUGACACAAAACCUGGCCAUUCAACACUUUCCAUUGCAAACACAACCAGAUCUGACACAGCGACCUAUAUCAUUGAGGCUGUCAAUACAAGUGGCCGUGCCACUGCAACGGUUGACGUCAACAUUCUCGACAAACCUGGCCCUCCGGCUGCUUUUGAUAUCUCUGAAAUCACCAAUGAAUCCUGCUGUCUGGCCUGGAAUGCCCCCAGAGAUGAUGGUGGCUCUCCAGUAACCAAUUACAUUGUUGAGAUGAGACCCACAGAUAAAGAAGAGUGGCAAAAACUGUCUGCUACAAUAAAACAAACUGCUUUCAAAGCUUGUAAACUGGUAUCUAUGAAGGAAUAUGUCUUCAGGGUGUCUGCUGAGAACCAAUAUGGCAUUGGGACUCCUGCAGAGCAUGUGCCUAUUGUUGCAAAGUAUUCAUUUGAUACUCCUGGGGAACCAACCAGGGUUCAGCCUUCUGAUAUCACAAAGGAUGCUGUAACUUUAACUUGGUAUGAGCCUGAUGAAGAUGGUGGAAGCCCCAUCACAGGUUACUGGGUUGAGAGGUUUGAUCCUGAGACUGACAAAUGGAUCAGGUGUAACAAGCUUCCAAUUAAGGACACAACAUACAGGGUGAAAGGUUUGGCAACAAAGAAGAAAUACAGGUUCCGUGUUUUGGCUGAGAAUCUUGCUGGACCAGGAAAGCCAAGUGCUGAGACUGACCCAGUUUUGAUUAAAGAUCCGAUUGAUCCUCCUUGGGCUCCUGGGAAACCAUUCAUCAAAGACAUUGCCAAGACAUCAGCCAACCUGCAGUGGACCAGGCCUGAGCAUGAUGGCGGUGCUAAGAUUGAGUCCUACAUAAUUGAGCUUCAAAAGAGUGGAACUGAGGAAUGGGUUCGUGUAGCUGAGGAUGUACCAACAACCGAGCAUUUAUUGAAGGGUCUGAUGGAGAAGCAAGAGUAUUCAUUUAGAAUCAAGGCCAUCAAUAUUGCUGGAGAAAGUGAACCCAGUGAUCCAAGUGACCCUGUUGUAUGCAAAGAGAGACUUUAUCCUCCAAAUGCCCCACGUUGGCUUGAGGUGGUUAACAUUACUAAAAUCAACUGUGACCUGAAGUGGACUGAACCAGAUAGUGAUGGUGGCUCUCCGAUCACCAACUAUGUUGUUGAGAAGAGAGACGUCAGACGCAGGGCCUGGCAGGCUGUGGACACCACAGUAAAAGAUACCAAAUAUACUGUCACUCCACUUAAUGAAGGCUCUCUCUAUGUGUUCCGUGUUGCUGCUGAGAAUGCAGUUGGAGUAAGCGAGUUCAGUGAACUAGAGGACUCUGUUUUGGCCAAGGAUACUUUCACAACGCCUGGACCACCCUACGCGUUGACUGUUGUGGAGGUGUCCAAGAGACAUGUUGACCUGAAAUGGGAGCCACCCAACAGUGAUGGUGGAAGACCCAUCACCAAGUAUGUUAUUGAGAGGAAAGAGAAGUUAGGCACACGCUGGGUAAAGUCUGGAAAGACAUCUGGCCCUGAAUGCAAGUAUAGGGUGACUGAUGUUGAUGAGGGCAGUGAGGUGCAGUUCCAGGUCCGUGCUGAGAAUGAAGCUGGAGUUGGCCACCCGAGUGAACCUACUGUUUUCAUGGUCAUUGAGGAUCCCAUAAGUCCACCUUCUCCCCCAAUUGAAGUUCAGAUUGUUGAUGCCAGCAGAGAGCACAUCAACAUUACAUGGAAAGCUCCAGAAAAGAAUGGAGGAAGUCCAGUCACAGGCUACCAUGUUGAGCUGUCUGAAGCUGGAACUGAGAAGUGGAUGAGGAUUAAUGCCCGUCCUGUCAAAGAGCUUAGUUUUAAGGCUGAGGAAGGCAUCAUUCCUGAGAAAAAAUAUGUUUUGAGAGUUCGGGCUAUUAAUGCUAUUGGAGUCAGUGAUCCCUCUAAAAUUUCAGAUGAUGUCUUUGCCAAAGAUCCUGACAGUGCACCAACCAUGGAUGUCGAGACUCAAGAUAUUGUAGUUGUUGAGGGUGAGAAGAUGAAUAUAAAAAUCCCAUACAGAGCAAUUCCAAAACCAUCAAUGGUCUGGAAAAAGGGUGACACUGAAUUAAAAACCGAAGACAGACUGACAUUGACAUGUGAACUUAAUCGUGUUCACCUGGAGCUUCUCAAGUGUAAACAUGAAGAUGCUGGCAUGUACACUGUUACUCUCGUGAAUAGUCUGGGUUCAGUAACUGGCACAAUCAACGUAAACGUAAUCGGCCUGCCUGGACAAUGUAAGGACAUCUCUUCGAGUGAGGUCACCAAGAACUCUUGCAAAAUCUCCUGGGAACCUCCAGAGAGUGAUGGUGGUAGCCCAAUCUUGCACUAUGUUCUAGAGCGUAGGGAAGCUCAGAAGAAGACAUUUUUGCCCGUGAUGUCGGGAGACAAUGUUUUAAGCUUUCUGGUCAAAGAUCUUAUGCUCAAUGGUGAAUAUUACUUCAGAGUGAAGGCUGUUAACAAAAUUGGAUGUGGCGAGUUUCUUGAACUCCGCAAUCCUGUUUUAACCGAAGAACAGAAACAACAUCCAGACCCACCAACUGAGGUUGAGGGACACAAUCCCACCUCAAAUUCAAUUACUGUUACUUGGAUGGCACCAGCAUAUGAUGGUGGAUGCCCAAUCACAGGGUACAUUCUUGAGAAGAUUGAAAAAGAUGGUGACAGAUUUGAGAGGUGCGUUCCAAAUCUGGUACCUGGUUUCUCCUACACUGUCACUGGCUUGACAGAAGGAAAAGAAUACCAGUUCCGUGUCCGUGCAGAGAACAUUGCAGGACCAAGUGACCCAUCUCGCAGUACACUACUGAUUAAGGCUGCUGAUCCUGUUGAACCACCAAAGGUAUCACUUCAUGCCCGUAUUGCAUCUGGUCUCAAUAUCAAAAAGGGUGAGGAGAUUAGAUUGGAUGCUUACAUAUCUGGAUCUCCCUACCCAAAUGUAACAUGGCUCAGAAAUGAUGAGAAUGUCAGGCAGCCGCCAGCUAAGAAGAAACCAGAAAUUGUGAAGAAGAAAAAGAAGAAGUCUGUGCAGCCCGAACCUGAAGAAGAAUUCCAUCCACCACUUUUAGAUCGUCUGUCAUUUGAUCAGACCAAAAGCAGUGAGACUGCUCUGAUGGUGCGUGAUGCCAUCAGAUCUGACCAUGGACAUUUCACUAUUAGAGUUGAGAAUGCCCAUGGUUUUGCAGCAGCAUCUUGUGAUGUCAAUGUUCUUGAUAAGCCUGGCCCCCCUGUAAACUUUAGGUUUGAUGAGAUCAGGAACAUCUCUGUUGUUUGUAUUUGGGAUGCACCUCUUGAUGAUGGUGGCAGUGAGAUCAUCAACUACAUACUGGAAAAGAAAGACAACACAACAGAUGAAAUUGGUUGGGUAACUGUGACCUCGACUCACAAGGGAUACAAUUACCCUGUAACCAAGCUUAUUGAAGGAAAGGAGUACAUCUUCAGAGUCACAGCUGAAAACAAGUUUGGCUGUGGACAUCCAUGCUACUCUGAACCACUUAUUGCGAAGAAUCAAUUUGAACCACCUGAUGCUCCCAACAUGCCAAGAAUUGGAGAGGUCACUGCCAGCACAGUUGCUCUCAGCUGGCAUGAGCCAAAGGACAAUGGUAGCCCUAUCUUGGGCUAUUGGGUUGAGAGACGUGAAGUCACCAGCAAAUAUUGGAUCAGAGUAAACGCCAAUCUUCUUAGUGCACUGACAGUUAAGGUUGAGGGUCUUAUGGAAGGCCUUGUUUACGUCUUUAGAGUCUGUGCUGAAAAUCUUGCUGGCCCAGGAGAAUUCAGUGUACCAACUGACCCUCAAACUGCAAUGGAUGCAAUCUUGCCACCUGGUCCACCUGUACCAAAAAUUGUUGAUGUCACAAAUACUACUAUUGAUAUCAGUUGGAUACCUCCAUUGUACAACGGUGGUGGAGAAAUCCUGGGAUAUCAUGUUGAGCGCUGUCUGGUUGGAGAGAAGGAUUGGGUUCGCUGCACUGAGUUUAGAUGCAAAGACCGCAAGUACACCGUGACUGGACUGACUGAAGGAGCUGAUUAUUACCUUCGUGUGUAUGCUGUAAAUGAUGCAGGACAUGGAGCCCCAGGCAUGACUGAACCUGUUCAGGCCAAAGAACCUGAAGAGUCACCAGGAAUUGAGUUUGAUAUCUCUGUAAGGAAUGGAGUCAUCAUUAGAGCUGGAGAAACAUUGCGUCUCCCUGCUGUUGUUACUGGGCGACCUGUACCAGAAGUUAAGUGGACAAAAGAUGAUGCAGAGCCAGAUAAAGAGCAUGUAGUUAUUGAGACAGAAGUAAAGAACAGCACUUUAAGCAUCAAAAAUGCUUUGAGAACUGACCAUGGCAUAUACCAGAUCACAGGCACCAACCCUAGUGGAACCAAGUCUGCCUCUGUUAAGGUGGAUGUGAUGGAUGUUCCCGGACCAGUGGUGGAUCUUAAGACAGUUCAUGUGAGCAAGAAGAUGAUUUCAUUCACCUGGUCAGAUCCUCUGGAUAAUGGUGGAAGUGACAUAAUGGGCUAUGUUGUUGAGAGAAAGGAUGCCAAAAUGCACAUUUACAGACAACCCCUGGAAGUCGCCAGUUGCAAAUGUGACGUUGUUGGUCUGCUUGUUGGAGAAGAAUAUAUGUUCCGUGUAGUUGCAAGGAACAAGUAUGGCCUUGGGGCUCCUGUUGAACUUGGACCUGUUUUAGCAGUGGAUCCCAAAGGAGUUCCAUCUGCCCCAGAGAAAUUGCACUACACGGAAAGGACCAAAAACACUAUUACUUUGACUUGGGAACCUCCUCGUAGUGAUGGAGGUUCUCCAAUCCGAGGCUACUAUAUUGAAAAGAUGAGACAAGACAGCAAUGAAUUUGAUGUCGCCAACCGUCAAAUCUGCAAAGACCUCACCAUCACUCUGGAAAAUCUGUCUGAGAACAUGAUGUACGACUUCAGAGUGAAAGCUGUCAGUGAGGUUGGUGAUGGAGAACCAUCCAAACCAAUCAGUGUCAAUAUUCAGGAUGACGAACAUUCACCAACUGUUAAGUGGUUGAAAUUCUUUAAAAGUGAUGCCAUUAUUGUCAAGAAAGGAGCAGCUAUUGAAAUUCCUGCUGAAAUUUUUGGCCUACCAUUGCCUAUAUUUGAGUGGACAAAGAAUGGAGUAGUUAUUGAUCAACCCACUGAGACAAUGACAUUGGAAUCAGAGGAGAUUAACAGACAAACUAUCAACACCAAAAUUGGUAUUCCUGAAACUGUAAGACAAGACACAGGCAUAUACAAGUUAACUGCCACAAAUACCCGUGGAGUAGGUCAACGCAAAAUCCGUGUGGAUAUCUUGGAUCGCCCUUUGCCACCAAGAAACAUUGUGGUGUCAGACAUCAAAGCUGAGUCUUGCUACCUUACCUGGGAUGCUCCAGAGGACAAUGGUGGAAGUGAUCUCACUAACUACAUCAUUGAGAAGAGAGAUGCCAGUAAAAAGAAGUCUGACUGGGAACAGCUGACAUGCUGCAUUAUGGACAGACGUUAUGGGGUGUACAAGUUGGAGGCCUAUGGUAAUUACCAGUUCCAGAUCAAAGCUGAGAACAAAUAUGGGGUCAGCGAUGGUUGUGAAUCAGAAAAGGUUGUACUCAAAGAUCCAUUUGGUCUUCCCGGUCCACCCCAGAGGCCAAGGAUUAUUAGACACACCUGCUCAUCCAUGGUGGUCACUUGGGAGCCUCCAAAAGACAAUGGUGGCUCAACUAUUCAAGGCUACUGGCUUGAAAAGAGAGAGAAAGGUGCUGUAUACUGGAGUCGUGUUAACAGAGCUCCAGUAACAAAACCAGCAGUCAAGGGCCUGGAAUACAAUGUGCUGCACCUUAUUGAGGGUGCCGAGUACAAGUUCCGUGUUAUGGCUCAGAAUGCAGCUGGCGUUGGACCUCCAAGUGAAGCAACAGAAUCCGUGUUUGCGAUUGAUCCAAGAAAUCCACCAGGUCAACCAUCAGCACCUGUAGUAAAAGACAAAUCAACAAGCAGCGUGACCCUUUCUUGGACCCCACCAGAAAAAGAUGGAGGAAGUCCAAUAAAGGGUUACAUUGUUGAAGUUCAGGAUGAGGGUUCACAUGAGUGGAGAAGGAUCAAUACACCGGAGAAGCUGAUCCUGAGUAAUUCAUACACUGUCUCAGGGCUUAAAGAGAAUAAGAAAUGCAGGUUCAGGAUUGUUGCUGUAAAUGCUGCUGGUGAAUCUGAGCCAAGUCAAAGAACUUCUGAUAUCAUUGUACAGGAUAUUCUGGAGGAACCUGUCAUUACAUUGGAGGUCACAACUCAUGAACUUCUGAAUUGUCGUGCUGGAACAACCAUCAAGAUUCCAGCCACCAUCUCCGGCAAACCUGUUCCAAAUGUGACAUGGGACUUUGAUGGAACCGCUCCAACAGAGAAAAAGAAUGAGCGUCACACUCUGCCAGAGGAUUCAGAAAUAUCAUCCAGUGAUACAACAUCAGUAGUGACAAUCUCUGAAUGUAAAUUAAACCACUCUGGACGAUAUAUCAUCACUGCACACAACCAGGCUGGCACUAAAAUAGUUAAAGUGCGCGUGAAUGUACUUGAUUUGCCUGGAGCUCCAAAAGACAUCAAAGUCAGUGACAUCACACGUGGAACAUGUAGACUAGCCUGGAUGCCUCCAGACUCUGAUGGUGGUGACAGGAUCAAAAGCUACUUCAUUGAGAAAAAGUUAGUUGAAGGAAAGGCUUGGACAAAGGUCAAUCCAGCUUGUGCAACGCAGUCCUUAGUUGUGCCAGACCUCAUUGAAGGACAAGAAUACUUGUUCCGUAUAAGAGCUGAGAAUCGCUUUGGUCUGGGGCCUCAUACCACAACCACUCAGGGGAUUAAAGCUAGGGAUCCUAUUCAUCCUCCGGAUCCUCCCACAAGAGUUAAAAUCGUUGAUGUGUCAAAGGGCAUUGUGACUCUGACUUGGAAGCCACCAAAAAAUGAUGGUGGUGCACCUGUGACUCACUACAAUGUUGAGCGUCUGUGGUGGGAUAGCAGUGGGAACCAGCAAGAGUCUUGGAGACAGUGCAACCGUCGUGAUAUUGAUAACACCACUUUCAAAGUGGAGGAUCUCCACCAGGGUGCUGAAUAUGAAUUCCGUGUUAAGGCUGUGAAUGAGGUUGGUGCUAGUAGACCAUCCUCUACAGCAGGACCUAUCAUUGUUAAGGACCAGAACAGGGCACCUUCCAUUGAGCUUCCAGAAUUUAUGGAGGUUGAACAGGGUGAAGAUAUUCAUAUUGUUGCCAAGAUUAAGGGAUGUCCAUUCCCAACACUCACAUGGCAGAAGGCUCCACCUCACAAGGGUGAAAACAAGGUUGAUAUUGAGUAUGAUGAGCACAUCAACAAGCUUGUGUCUGAUGAUAGCUGCACACUGCUGAUCCAGCAGGGCAAACGCUUAGAUACAAGCCUCUACACUCUUACUGCUAGCAACAGCCUUGGUACUGUUUCCAAGGAAAUGAGGCUUAAUGUUCUAGGCCGUCCCGGGGCUCCAUCUGCACCCAUUAAAUUUGAGGAAAUUCAUGCUGAACAAAUAACACUGUCGUGGUUGCCUCCUAAGGAUGAUGGUGGCUCCAAAAUUACAAACUACACUAUUGAGAGACGUGUUGUCAACAGGAAGAAUUGGAUUCCUGUUACUAGUGAACCCAAAGAGAGAAUAUACACAGUUGAGAAUCUAAUGCCUGGUCAUGAGUACAUUUUCCGCAUUAGGGCUCAAAACAAAUAUGGUGUUGGUGAUCCUCUUGAUAGCGAACCUGAAGUAGCCAGAGAUGUGUUCUUGCCACCUGGUCGAUGCGAGAAGCCAACACUCUCUAGCGUCACAAUAGACUCCAUGACUUUGAACUGGGAAGAGCCAGACACAGAUGGAGGUUCUCCAAUCACAGGCUAUUGGCUUGAGCGUAAAGAAACUACAUCUAAACGCUGGAGCAGAGUAACUCGUGAUCCAGUCAGGCCCAUGCCACUUGGUGUGUCUCACAAAGUUGUGGGACUCAUUGAGGGAUCUCAGUAUUUGUUCCGUGUGAUUGCAAUAAAUGCAGCGGGAUGUGGACCCCCAAGUGAGCCAUCUGAUCCAACAUUUGCCAGAGAUCCAAUAGCUCCUCCUUCUCCACCAACCCCAAAAGUCACUGACUGGACUAAGACUACAGCAGACUUGGAAUGGAUUCCACCCUUGAAGGAUGGAGGUUCAAAGAUAAUGGGCUACUAUGUCGAAUACAAAGAAGAGGGCACAGAAGCUUGGGUUAAGGCCAAAGACAAGGAAGUUAGAGGUACUAAAUUGGUGGUCACUGGACUGAAAGAGAAUGCAUUGUUUAAGUUCAGAGUUUUGGCAUUCAAUGCUGCUGGCUUGAGUGAACCUGGUGAAGUUGCUGAUGCUAUUGAAAUGAAGGACCGUAUAAUUUUGCCAGUCCUUGAGCUGGACAUUUCAGUAAAGGAGAAGAUGGUUAUUCAUGCUGGAGGUGUUAUUCGUAUCCUGGCUUAUGUGUCUGGCCAACCUCCACCUGUGAUAACAUGGAGCAGAGAUGGGCUCCCAGUCCCACCAGAAGCUGUUAUUGAAACCACUUCAAUCAGCUGCUCAAUGGUAAUCAAAGACUGCACAAGGGCACAACGAGGUGUUUAUACAAUAACAGCCAAUAAUGAUGGAGGAGAGGUGAAGAGGUCUGUUAUUGUUGAUGUUCUUGAUGUCCCAGGUCCGGUGGGGGCACCACUCACAGCAGAAAGUCUUACAAGUGAAUCAUGCAAGCUGAACUGGUUUUUCCCUGAUGAUGAUGGUGGAUCUGCCAUCUCCAACUACAUAAUUGAGAAACGUGAAGCAGAACGCAAGGCUUGGACAUCUUGCUCCUACACAGCUGGCAGACAAAAUGCUGUCGUAAAUAAUCUGGUGCUAAAAAAGGCAUAUUUCUUCAGAGUUGCAGCUGAAAAUGUAAUUGGCGUAGGACCUUUCAGUCAAACAUCAUGCGAAAUUGUGAUUCAAGAUCGCAUCAAUGUUCCAGACCGUCCAGAAGACAUUGAGGUGACUACCAUCACUAAAGACUAUAUCAGUCUGACUUGGAAGCCACCUAAGUACGAUGGAGGAUCUGAGGUGAUAUCUUACAUUCUUGAGGCUCGCAUGAUUGGCAAAGACAAGUUUGUCAGACUGACCAAAGAGAAACUGAUGGAUAGGAGAUAUACUUAUGAUGGUCUCAGAGAAGGCGACACCUAUGAAUUCCGUGUCAGUGCAGUGAAUGAAGUUGGUACUAGCAAACCAUCCUUCUCCACUAAGCCAAUUACAUGUAAAGAUGAACUUGAACCUCCUACAAUUGAGCUUGACUUCCGUGAUAAGGUUGUUGUGCGUGUUGGUGAAAGCUUUGCACUCCAGGGGCGUUACUCUGGAAAACCAGCCCCAUCUGUCACCUGGUCAAGGGAUGACAAUGAACUGAAAGCAGACAACCAUAUCAAGUUCAGAAAUACUCUUACCACAAUGUGUCUGGGUAUUAUGAAAGCUCAGCGUGGGCACAGUGGCAAAUACUGUGUGACUGUUGAAAACUGUACUGGUGCUCGUAAAGGCAUUUGCAAUAUCACAGUUGCAGAUCGUCCAUUGCCUCCAGAAGGCCCAGUUGUCUUUGAGGAAGUUCACAAAGAUCACAUGGUUAUUUCUUGGAAGCCCCCUCUUGAUGAUGGUGGAUGUGAAAUUUCUAACUACAUAAUUGAAAAGAGAGAUGUAAACAGAGAUAUGUGGACAACUGUAACAUCUGCCACCACAAAAACCCACUGCAAAGUACCUAAGCUUGUAGAGGGUCGUGAAUAUAUCAUGAGAAUUAGUGCUGAGAACAUGUAUGGCAUAAGUGACCCACUGGAGUCAAAAGAGAUGAAAGCUAAAGAUCUAUUCAGGGUACCUGAGGCACCUGAGCAACCCACUGUAAAAGACGUUUUUCGUGAUUCAGCACUGGUGAUUUGGAACCGUCCUCGUGAUGGUGGAAAGCCCAUCACAAACUAUAUCUUGGAGAGGAAGGAGCCUUCAGCUAAAAGAUGGUCUCGUGCAACCAGAGAUCCAAUUUACCCUGCUACACAGUAUAGGGUACAAGACCUGGUUGAAGGCUGUGAAUAUGAAUUCCGUGUAAUGGCAGAGAAUGAAAUUGGCACUGGAGAUCCUAGCCUUCCAAGUAAACCUAUUCUUGCUAAGGAUCCCAUUGUUCUGCCAAGCCCACCUGUUUUGCCUGAAGCUGUUGACAAGACUAAAGAUUCUGUGAGUCUAUCAUGGCGUGUUCCUCGUCAUGAUGGUAAAGGCAAAAUUUUUGGUUACUUGAUUGAGUAUCGGAAGCCCGGUGCAGUCGAAUGGAUCCAGGCAAAUGAAACUCCCGAAUCAUGCACAGACACCAAGUUUGUUGUGACAAAACUACCAGAUGGAGGAGAGUUCGAAUUCAGAAUUAUGGCUGUGAAUGCAGCUGGAAAAUCUGAACCUGCAUAUGUCAAGGAACCAGUGAAAGUUCAUGACAGACUUGAGGAGCCAGAGUUGCUCUUACAUGGCAAUAUGGCUCGUGAUCACCUUGCCAUGGUUGGGACAGACAUCACACUCAGUGCCACAAUUAAGGGCAUGCCAAUACCCACUGUCUCUUGGAAAAAGAAUGAUAGUGAAGUUCCUGCUCAUUGCCUUAUUGAGGUCACAGCAAGCGGAAGCAAACUUCACAUUAAGAAGUGUACCCGUGCUGACAGUGGCAAUUAUACUAUCACUAUUCAGAAUGCAGCUGGAUCGAAAUCUGCUACCUGCACUGUUCUUACUCUUGAUAAACCUGGACCUCCAAGGAAUCUUUCCAUCUCUGAAAUCACAAGUGAGUCAGCUUACCUGACAUGGCAAAAGCCAGAAGACGAUGGUGGUGCUGUGAUCUCCCACUAUGUUGUGCAAAAGAAAGAUGUGGCAGCUGAGAACUGGGUUUCAGUGUGUGCUGCAUCCAAAAAGCUGAGCCUCAUGGCUCAAUAUCUGAUGGAAGGAAUUCAGUAUCUCUUCAGAAUUGCAGCUGAGAAUCAGUUUGGUAGGAGUGCAUUUGUUGAAACCACCAAGCCCAUCAAGGCUGUUGAUCCUCUUUAUCCCCCUGGUCCACCCAAGAAUCUGCAUCACAUGGAUGCAGACAAAACUGAAGUAUGGCUUCAGUGGGAGUGGCCUGAACGUACUGGUGGAAGUGAAAUCACUGGAUUCAUUGUUGAGCAUCAAGAAGAAGGUUCCACAGACUGGGUGACCUUCAAGACCGUCAGCAAUCCUCAAUGCCAUGUAACUGGACUUGUGGAGGGCAAAACCUAUAGAUUCCGUGUAAAAUCACAAAAUGCAAUUGGCAUUAGUCGGCCUGACACCACUGUGCCAAUUACUUGCCAGGAAAAAACCUUGCCUCCAACUAUUGAAGUUGAUGUGAAGCUUAUUGAGGGUCUUGUUGUCAAGGCUGGAAGUACAAUUGUCCUCCCAGCAGUCAUGCAUGGAAUCCCAACUCCAACAGCCAAGUGGCAAAGUGAAGGAAAUGAGCUUAAAACCGAGGGCACAUUUAAGAUUGUUACUGAAGGAAAUUCAACUGUCUUGACUAUUAGUGAAUGUGUCAGAAAUGACAGUGGAGAGUUUAUACUCACUGUGACAAAUCCUGCUGGAAGCAAAUCUGUUGCUCUACAUGUUACAGUCCUUGAUGUUCCAUCUGCUCCAGUUGGUCCUGUAAAUAUCCUUGAGGUUACCCCUGAUCAUAUGAUAAUCCAGUGGCGUCCACCAAAAGAUGAUGGGGGUUCACCUUUGAUGAACUAUGUUGUAGAGAAGAAGGAUGUCAAGAAGCCUUGGGAGCCAUGGUCAGUUGUGAGUUCUGGAAGUUCCAGCACAAAGGCCAAAGUCCCACGUUUGGAGAAGGGACGUGAAUAUAUUGUGUGUGUACGUGCCGAGAACAAAAUUGGCAUUGGAGCUGCCCUUGAAAGUCCUCCCACUAUUGCCAAGCAUAUGUUUGAUCCACCAGGCCCUCCUGGCCAACCAACAUGUUCUGAUAUAACAGAAAAUGCAGUAACAGUGUCAUGGACUGAACCAGAAACAGAUGGUGGAAGUCCUGUGAGUGGCUACAUUGUUGAGCGCAGGGAGAUGACCGGAAAAUGGAUACGUGUCAAUAAAACACCAGUCUUGGAUGUUAGAUACAGGGUGUGUGGUUUGUUUGAAGGCAACAGCUAUGAAUUUAGAAUCUUUGCUGAAAAUGUUGCUGGUGUAAGUGAGCCUUCAUAUCCAUCAGACCCUGUGAAAGCUAAACGUCCAAUUAGUCCUCCAGGGCCUCCAAGCAACAUUAAACUGAAAGACUGGAGCAAGUCAUAUGCAGAUGUGGUAUGGACCAAACCUUCCAGAGAUGGUGGCAGCCCCAUCUUAGGCUAUGUUGUUGAAUGCCAGAAAUCAGGUUCUGCACAGUGGGACAGAAUAAAUAAGGAUCUAAUUAAGUUUUGUGCAUUUAGAGUACCUGGACUUAGUGAAGGCACAGAGUACAGAUUCCGUAUUAGAGCCUCAAACAAAGUUGGAGAUGGUGAGCCAAGGGAACUCACAGAAACUGUGCUGGCCAAGGACAUUCUUGUUCCCCCCGACGUAACUGUUGAUGUUGCUUGUCGUGACCUCCUAACAGUUAGAGCAGGGCAAAUCAUCAGCCUUGUGACCCGUGUAAAGGGCAGACCUGAUCCAGAAAUCACUUGGACUAAAGAUGCAAGAGCUUUAGUCAGAGAUAAACGCACUGAGAUGAACAAUAACUUCCCUCUUGUUGAGCUGGUUAUUCAGGAAGCUGUUAGAGCUGAUUAUGGAAAGUAUGCAAUUCAAGCAAAGAACAGCAGUGGUCAAGCACAUGCUACAAUUAUUGUUAAUGUACUUGAUAUUCCUGGAGCCUGUCAGAAUUUGAAGGUUGCUUAUGUAACUAAAGAGUCAUGUAUGGUGUCUUGGGAAAAUCCAGAGGAUAACGGUGGCACUGAAAUUACUAAUUAUAAAAUUGAGUGCCGACAACCAAGUCAAAGGGGAUGGACAGUUGUUACAUCUGACUGCACCAAACGACUUGUCAAAGCUCCACUUGUUGAGAAUUGCGAAUAUUUCUUCCGUGUGAGUGCAGAGAAUAAAAUUGGUGUUGGUCCACCAACAGAAACAAAAGCACCAGUCCUUGCUGUUGACCCAGUUGAGAAACCUGGUGAGCCGGAGAACUUCCAAAUCACUGAAAUUGGCAAGACAUUUGUCUUCCUCAAAUGGAAGAAACCAGAAUAUGAUGGUGGUAGUCGUAACCUUGCUUACCAUAUUGAAAAGAAACCUAAAGAAGCAGAUGAAUGGGAAAGAUUACACAAAGGUGCCAUAAAGGAAACCUAUUUUAUGGCUGACAGAUGUAUUGAGAACCAAAUUUAUCAAUUUAGAGUUCAAACAAAGAAUGAGGGAGGAGAGAGUAACUGGGUGACAACAGAUGAAGUUCUUGUAAAGGAGGAACUUGUACAGCCAGAGCUCAAAGUCAAACUGAUGGGAGUUCUUGUUGUUAAAGCUGGAGAUGCAGUUCCAAUUGAGGCAGAUGUUAUAGGUAAACCUCAGCCUGAUAUAAAAUGGUCUAAAGAAGGUGUCACUGGAGAUAUCACCAAAAGCCCAAGAGUGCAAGUUGAAACUGGCACCAACUUCACUAAAUUCCUGCUCACAAGUUCAAGACGGGGAGACACUGGAACAUAUAUAAUUACAGGAACAAAUGCUGCUGGAACCUGUACUGCUGAGGCCAAGGUGAAUGUUCUUGAUAGACCAGGUCCUAUUAGAGAUCUGAAAGUGUCAGAGAUUUCUGUGGACCGAUGCAAGCUUACAUGGGAAGUACCAGAAGAUGAUGGUGGUUGUGAGAUCUAUAACUACAUUAUAGAAAAAUGUGAGGCAAAGAGAGCAGUUUGGUCAAUUCAUUCAGCAGCUGUAAUAACCAAUUCAGCUAAAGUUACUCGCCUUAUCGAAGGAAAUGAAUACAUAUUCCGAGUGAGAGCUGAAAACAAAAUGGGUGCUGGCCCUGCUGUAGAAACUGAGUCUAUUAUUGCAAGGACCCAGUUUAACAGACCUGGUGCACCAGAUGCUCCAGAAGUGACUAAAAUUACAAAAGAAGAAAUGGUUGUUAUGUGGUGCUCUCCUGAUAAUGAUGGUGGGAAACCUAUCACCGGUUAUAUUCUUGAGAAAAAAGAAGAGCAUGCCAUUCGGUGGGGCCCUGUUGUUAAGUCCCCAAUUGCAGGGACACAGAUGACUGUUACAGGUUUACUGCCUAAUCAUGAAUACCAGUUCCGUGUUAAGGCUGAAAAUGAAAUUGGGGUUGGGGAUGCAAGCAAGCCAUCCAGAUCAUUUACUGCAAGAGAUCCAGUUGAUCCUCCUGGUCCCGUUAGUAACUUAAAGGUGGCUGACAGCUCAAAGACAUCAGUUACUCUUGCUUGGACAAAGCCUACAUAUGACGGAGGUGCUCCUCUUAUUGGAUAUGUAGUUGAGCUCAGAGUCAAGGGCACAGGCAAGAAGGGGGAGGAAGGCUGGAAAAGGUGCAAUGUUGCUGCCCAGUUGAUCGGAACAGAAUUCACAGUCUCAAGCCUGGAUGAGAAGCUUGAAUAUGAAUUCCGUGUUUCUGCCCAAAAUCAGAUUGGCUUGAGUCAGCCAACAAAUCUUGAGGGAGCUGUGACACCAAGAGAAGUCUUGGAGGCCCCUGAGAUUGAUUUGGAUGCAGAACUGAAGAAAGGGUUGACAGUUAGGGCUGGAUGCCCUAUAAGAUUAGUUGCAACGAUUAGAGGAAGACCCGCUCCCAAGGUCUUAUGGAGGAGAAUGGGUUUAGAUAAUGUUGUUCAGAAGGGCCAUGUUGAUCUCAUUGACACUAUGACAUUCCUUGUCAUAUCUGAAAGUUCUCGGAAUGAUUCAGGCAAAUAUUCAUUAACUGUGUCCAGUCCAGCUGGAGAAAAGGCAGUGUUUGUGAAUGUCAAAGUACUUGAUACACCUGGACCUGUUGUUGGUCUUGAGGUUACUGACAUCACAAUGUACUCUUGCAACCUCACAUGGUCUCCACCUGAAAAUGAUGGUGGCAGUAACAUCACUCAUUACAUGGUUGAAAAACGAGAAAUUGAUCGUAAAACUUGGGGAACAGUGAAAGCUAAUGUUGAAAACACCACAUUUAAAGUAAGCAAUCUCGUCCCAGGAACAGAGUAUUACUUCCGGGUCAUAGCUGUAAACGAGUAUGGUCCCGGAGUCCCACGAGUUACACCAAAAUCUUAUCUGGCCUCUGAUCCAAUCAGCAAGCCUGACCCACCACAAAAGGUUGAUAUUCUUGAGAUUACUAAGAACAGUGCAACUGUGGGAUGGGUGAAACCAUUGCGGGAUGGCGGAGCUAAAAUUGAUGGUUACAUUAUUGACUAUCUUGAGCUUCCAAUGCCUAAACCUCCUAAGAAACCAGUAGAGGGUGAAGCUGAGGCAGAGCCUGGCGUAGAGCCUGUGGCUCCUCCUCCACCUGAACCUGUGGUUGAGGACAAGGAGGAGGAGGAGGAGAAGAAGGAGGAAUGGACACCAUACACAGUCGUAAAAGAUUUGGCCAUCUCUGUUGCUGGUCUAAAGGAAGGAAGAAAAUAUCGUUUUAGAGUUGCAGCAAGAAAUGCCAUGGGUUCUAGUCUUCCCACAGAGACAAAAGAAGCUUAUGAGAUCAAGGAGCAGAUGCUGGAGCCCAAAAUCAUCAUGCCUGAACUUGUCACUGCAAAGGCAGGAGCAAAACUGAGGGUUGAGGCUCUUGUAUCUGGAAAGCCAGCACCAGUGUGCCAAUGGAAACGGGGAGAAAAUAAUGUAGUUUCAUCAAGCCGUCUUGCUGUGCACAAAUCUCAGAACAUGUGUGUGCUCAUUAUUAAGGAUGUUUCGAGACAAGACAGUGCUGAAUACAGCCUUGUUGCUGAGAACAGCACUGGAAAAGUUGACCAGACUUUGAAAAUCAUCAUCAGAGAUAUUCCUGGACCACCUGAGCCACCAUUUGAGAUCAGUGACAUUGAUUCUGAUGCCUGCACACUCUCUUGGAACAAACCUACUGAAGAUGGUGGUAGCAAUAUCACUAAUUAUGUGGUUGAGAAGUGUGAUGUAAGCAGAGGUGACUGGGUGACUGCGCUUUCCAGUUGUGGGAAAGCUGGCUGCAGAAUCGGAAAGCUUAUUCCUGGAAAGGAAUAUGCCUUCCGUGUUCGUGCUGAGAAUAGAUUUGGUAUUUCAGACCCCCUUACAUCUGAAAGGAUGGUUGCUAAAUUCCCCUUUGAUAUUCCUGGUGAACCUUUGAACUGUCGCAUCAACAAAGUGAACAAGGACUGCAUGUUUGUGGCUUGGGAUAAGCCUGAGUCUGAUGGUGGCAGUCCAGUUACUGGAUACUACAUUGAACGCAAAGAGAGGAACAGUCUCCUUUGGGUGAAGGCUAAUGAUUCUGUUGUUCGCACAACAGAAUAUCCUUGUGCUGGCCUAAUUGAGGGUCUGGAGUACACUUUCAGAGUGUCUGCUAUAAACCGAGCUGGACAGGGUAAACCAAGCAAGAAAACAGAGUUCAUCACAGCAAGAACUCCUGUUGAUGCUCCUGGAAAGCCUGAGGUGCUUGAUGUUACUAAGAACACAGUUACACUGGUUUGGACUAAACCAAAGAAUGAUGGUGGAAGCAGGAUAAUUGGAUACUAUGUUGAGGCCUUAAGGCUUCCAGGAGACAAUUGGGUGCGUUGCAACACAAGCAGUCAAAAUGUUCCUCGUGAGGAGUACACCUCAACUGGGUUAGAAGAGGGUGUUAAGUACCAGUUUAGGGUAAUUGCCAAGACAGCAGUUAACAUUAGCAGGCCAUCUGAAAUUACUGACCCCAUUCUGGUGUCUGCAGAAAAUGUGCCUCCAAGAAUAGAGCUUUCAAUACAGAUGAAAAAGAUGUUGCCAGUAAAGGCUGGGUCCGAUGUUUGUCUUGAAGCUGAAGUUUUUGGCAAACCAAUGCCCAAGGUUACAUGGAGCAAAAAUGGAGAAUUGUUAAAAGCUGACAAAGAAUUCAAGAUGUCUCAAAAGAGACAUCUCUUUUCUCUGAGCCUUGAUGCAGUCACUAAACUUCAUACUGGAAAUUAUGGAAUUCUUGCAGCAAAUGCAAGUGGUUCUACGACUGCAGAAAUACAACUCAAAGUUUUAGAUAUACCUGGCCCACCAGCCUCUAUCAAGUUUGACGAGAUAUUUUCAGAUCGGGUUAAGUUGUGCUGGGAGGCUCCACUUGCCGAUGGUGGUUCUCCAAUAACAAAUUAUGUUGUUGAUAAACGGGAGACAAGCAGGGCAAACUGGGCCCAGUUUUCUGCUACAGUCAGUGGUAAUACAACGGAAUGUUCUGUGGAGAGACUAAUUGAGGGGCACGAGUACCAGUUCCGUGUUCGUGCUGAGAACCACUAUGGUACUGGUGAUGCCAUUGUAUCUGAUCCUGUUGUGGCAAGGAAUCCCUUCACUGUUCCUGGAGCAUGUGACCCACCGGUCCUUACAAACAUCACAAAGGAGUGUAUGACUGUAAGCUGGAAGGAACCAUCUGAUGAUGGAAAAUCCCCUAUCCUUGGAUACAUGGUUGAGAAACGUGAAACCAAGGAAGCGAACUGGACCAAACUGAACAGAAAACCCUUGCUAGAGAGAACACUUGAGGUUGGAGGUCUAUCUGAGGGAGCUCAGUAUGAGUUUAGAGUCAUUGCUGUUAAUAAAGCUGGCCUUGGCAAACCCAGUGAACCAUCUAAUGCUGCCUCUGCUCUUGAUCCUUUGUAUCCUCCAGGCCCACCCAUUUCUCCCAAGGUCACAGACACCACCAACAGCACAAUUAGACUAACUUGGACUAAGCCUGCAAAUGAUGGUGGAAGUGAAAUUUUGGGAUACCUUGUUGAAUGCAAGAGAACUAAUACUACAGACUGGAUAAGAUGCAAUGUACCAAAGAACCUUCAGGAUACAAAUUAUGUUGUGACUGGACUCUUGGAGAACUCAGAGUACCAACUUCGUGUUACUGCUGUAAAUAAAGUUGGAUUCAGCCAGCCUUGUGAAGUUCCUGAAAAACACAUUGCCAAGGAUGUUUUUGUUGCUCCUGAGGCUGAGCUUGAUGCAGAGCUGAAGGACACUGUUGUGCUAACGGCUGGAAGUAAAAUGAAACUUCAUGCCACAAUUAAGGGUCGACCAACCCCCAGGGUCACCUGGGCCAAGAUGAACACCAACAUUAAGGACAGACAAGGAAUCAUAAUGAAGACGACAGACACUGAUACAUUGGUUUGUGUUGAGAAAGUAAACAGAUACGACGCAGGGAAAUACAUUCUGAAUCUUGACAGUGUAAGCGGAAUGAAGAUGUACACAGUUAUUGUCAAGGUCCUUGAUACCCCUGGACCUCCACUUAAUCUGAUGGUAAAAGAGUCAUCAAAGGACAGUGCCUCCAUCCUAUGGGAUGCACCUCUAAUUGAUGGUGGAAGUGAGAUUACAGGUUACAUUGUUGACAAAAGAGAUGCAGAAAGGAAAGCAUGGUCAAAUGUUUCAAACACUUGUACUAAAACAUCUUUCAAGAUUGAUGGUUUAGAAGCUGGUAGAUCUUAUUGCUUCAGGGUUCUGGCUCAAAAUGAGUAUGGAAUUGGUGAACCAUGUGAAACUGUGGAUGCUGUUAGAGCUUCUGAACAACCUGGACCAGUUAUGGACUUUAAGACUUUGCUGGUAACCAAGGACUCUUGUACUCUUUCCUGGAAAAAACCAUUCAGUGAUGGUGGAAGUCGCAUCAUUGCGUAUGUGCUUGAGGUCCUUAAUGGUGAAGACAAAUGGAAGGAGCUUCUUCGAUCAAAGAACAUGCAAUAUAGUGCAAAAGAUCUUGUUGAAGGAAGGGAAUACAAAUACAGAGUAUUUGCAACAAAUGAUUCUGGUGAUGGUCCCGUGAAAGAACUAGCUGUGAUCGCAAAAGAUGUCCAUGUUUAUCCAAAAUGUGACUUGAGGGAAUUGCCUAACUUGAACUACAUUGCAAAAGAAGGAAGCAAUGUUCGUCUCAAGAUUCCUAUUAGUGGAAAGCCUGUCCCUGUUGUCACAUGGAAGAAGGGAGAGGAUGAAAAUCUCACAGACACAGGAAGAGUGUGUGUAGAAUCGACAGCUGUAAACACAACUCUCUUGAUACGUGACUGCCAAAGGACAGAUGCCUCAAAAUACACUAUCACUCUUCGCAACACUGCUGGGACUAAAGAGUCCACAAUUUUUGUCAGAGUUGUUGGUAAACCAGGAAUUCCAAUUGCACCAAUAAAAUUCAAAGAAGUGACUGCAGAUGGUGCAACCCUAAAAUGGGGUGCUCCUAAAGAUGAUGGUGGAUCAGCAGUUACCAACUACAUUCUUGAGAAACGUGAUUCCGUUACUAACAUGUGGGUUACAGUGUCUUCAUCUGUGGACUCAAACACUUUCAGAGUGACUGGUCUCCAUGAGGGAACUGAAUACAUCUUUAGAGUGAGUGCAGAAAACAAAUAUGGAAUUGGCGAAGGCCUCAAAUCAGAGCCUAUGGUUGCCAAGCAUCCAUUCAAUGUACCAGAUUCUCCUCCUCCCCCACAAGUCAUGAUUAUGCGUCAUGAUUCAUCAACCCUUACAUGGUUAGAUCCAAGGAAAACUGGAGGCUCACCAAUCACAGGCUACCAUGUUGAAUUCAAGGAAAGAAACAGCAUGUUAUGGAAAAGAGCAAAUCCAACCCCUUUGAAGAUGAGAGAUUUCAAAGUGACUGGCUUAACAGAAGGUCUAGAGUAUGAGUUCAGAGUUAUGGCUAUUAAUUUGGCUGGAGUUGGAAGACCAAGUCCUGCCACAGAGCCAAUGGUUGCCUUGGAUGCAAUUGAUGCACCUGGGAAACCGGAUGUGAUUAGCAUCACUAGAAGCACUGUAACACUUCAAUGGACUGAACCUCAGUAUGAUGGUGGACACAGGCUAACAGGCUACAUUGUUGAAAGACGUGAUCUCCCAGCCAAGGUCUGGGUGAAGGCUAAUACUAUAAAUGUUGUCGACUGUGCAUAUACUGUUGCAGACUUGCAAGAGGGUUGCAAGUAUGAAUUUAGAAUCAGAGCAAAGAAUGGUGCUGGAGCCAUAAGUCAACCCUCUGAACAAACAGAUACCCUUAUGUGUACGGAUGAAUAUGCGGCACCAACAAUUAUAAUCGAUCCAACAGUCAAAGAGGGGCUCACUGUCAAAGCUGGAGAUACAAUUGUGAUCACUGCAACAAGCAUUCUGGGCAAACCCCAACCAACCUCUGUGUGGUCAAAGUGUGGAAAGUAUUUCAAGCCUUCAGAUGUGUGUCAGAUAGAAACUACACCUUCUUCUUCUACUCUUUCUAUCAAGUAUGCCAGUAGGAAGGAUUCAGGAGAGUACACAAUCACAGCAAGUAACCCAUUUGGUGUCAAAGAGGAAAAUGUGAAAGUAACAAUUUUAGAUGUUCCUGGUCCACCGGGGCCAGUUGAAGCGAGUGGAAUUUCAUCUGAAAAAGUCACUCUGACAUGGACACCACCUCAUGAGGAUGGAGGAUCUCCAAUUAAACAUUACACAUUGGAGAAAAGAGAAACAAGCCGUCUUCUUUGGACCAUUCUUGCCGAAAAGGUUGUUGACUGCCACUUUGUUGCCAAUAAACUUAUUCAGGGAAAUGAGUACAUCUUCCGGGUUUCUGCUGUCAAUAAUUCUGGAGCUGGUGAUGCCUCUCAUUCUGAGCCAGUGAAAAUGGUGGAUAGAUAUGGUCCCCCAGGACCGCCAGCCAAGCCAGAAGUUGAAAAUGUUUGUGGAAAUUCUGUUACCAUUGGUUGGAGAAGACCAGCCGAUGAUGGAGGAAGUGAUAUAACAGGGUACAUGGUUGAGAGGAAAGAAAAGAAGGGCAUGAGAUGGACACGAGCAUCAAAGAAAACAAUUGCUGACCUUCACUUUGAAGUGAAAGGGCUGAAAGAGGGAGUUGAAUAUGAAUUUAAAGUAACUGCUGAGAAUAAGGCUGGUUUUGGUGAGCCAAGUGAACCUUCAGUGCCUGUGAGGACAAAGCUUGUUGCAGAUGUACCUGGUCCUCCAGUCAACCCAAGAGUCACAGACACAACAAAAACAACAGCUGAAUUGCACUGGGGCAAACCACUUAGUGAUGGUGGCAUGGAAGUCACAGGAUACCUUAUUGAACACAAAAAGGAGGGAGAAGAAGAAUGGAUCAAAGAUACAGCUACGCCUUUGAGGAUAACUGAGUUUGUUGUACCCAAUUUGCAAGCUGGAAUGAAGUAUCAUUUCAGAAUUAGCGCAAUGAAUGCAAUAGGUGUCAGUGAACCAGCACAAACAGUGGAUCAUGUUGAAAUUGUGGAACGUGAAGAAAUCCCUGAUUUAGAACUUGAUGUAGAACUCAGAAGAACGUUAGUUGUUAGGGCAGGUGCCUCUAUUAGAAUAUUUGUUCCUAUUAAAGGACGUCCAACUCCCGCAGUGACUUGGACAAAAGAGGACUCACCAUUGAAAACUCGUGCAAUCAUUGACAAUACUGAAUCAUACACCCUGCUAGUAAUUCCUGACUGUAAUAGACGUGAUGCAGGCAAAUAUGAUUUAACAUUAGAGAAUGCUGCAGGAAAGAAGACGGCUUCGGUGGUUGUAAGGGUUCUGGAUUCACCUGGACCUCCACUCAGUCUGAAACCUAAAGCAAUUAACAAAGAGAGUGUCACAUUGGAAUGGGAAAUGCCUCUUAUUGAUGGAGGUGCCAAGAUCACCAACUACAUCAUUGAGAAGAGAGAGUCUACUCGUAAGGCAUAUGCUGCCGUGAUCACACAAUGUGAGACAUGCUCUGUCAGAGUUUCUGAUCUGGGAGAAGGUUUGGAAUAUUAUUUCAGAGUUUUUGCUGAAAAUGAGUAUGGCAUUGGUGAAGCAGUUGAAACCCCAGACCCAGUCAGAGUUUCUCAAGCACCAACUCCACCAGAAAAUGUAACUUUUACUGAUGUCACAAAGCACACAGUUAAUCUUGCAUGGACUAAACCAAAACAUGAUGGUGGAAGUAGAGUUACUGGGUAUGUAAUUGAGGCACAAAAGAAAGGUACAGAUCAGUGGGCCCAUGUGACAACUGUGAAGACUUUGAACUUUAUUGUAAAAAAUCUAAAUGAAAAUGAAGAGUAUGUAUUCCGUGUGAUGGCCGUGAACAGCUCUGGGCGAAGUCAUCCUCGUGUAAGCAAGUCUAUUGUUAUCAGAGAACAAAGUUCAUUGCCAGAAUUCGACCUCAGUGGUGUGUGUCAGAAGACAGUUAUUGCCAAGGCUGGUGCUGAUAUAAAGGUUGAGGUGCCUGUUUCUGGACGUCCUAAACCAACAGUUUCCUGGCAGAAAGACAGUCAAGCCCUCAAAUUAACACAAAGAACAAUGACUGAAACUACUUCUACCUCAACUAUCUUGAUCAUAAAUGAAUGUUUAAGAAGUGACAGUGGAAUAUACUCAAUGACAGGAAAGAACAUUGUUGGCUCAGUCACAGACAGCAUCACAGUAAAGGUGCAUGAUGUGCCUGGACCACCAAAGGGACCAAUUCAACUGGACAAAAUAUCUCGUACUUUCAUUGAGUUCUCAUGGGAAUCUCCUGAAAAUGAUGGAGGUGUACCAAUCAAUAACUAUGUAGUUGAAAUAAGGGAAACUACCAGCCAGACAUGGGUAGAACUUUCCUCGUUGAUUAUUCGUACAACAUUUAAAGCAACUCGUUUAACUACAGGAGUUGAAUAUCAAUUCCGUGUCAAGGCCAAAAACAGAUAUGGUACAGGGCCCCCAAUAACUUCAGAGUCAGUGGUUGCUGCAUAUCCUUUUAAGGUGCCUGGGCCACCUGGAACACCUAAUGUUGUUGCUUUCACUAAGGACACAAUGACAGUUGGCUGGAAUGAGCCCGUUUCUGAUGGGGGAAGCGAGGUCAUUGGUUACCACGUUGAAAGGAAAGAGAGAAACAGUAUUGUUUGGCACAGAAUUAGCAAGGCACUUGUGGUCGGAAAUCUGUUCAAAUCUACAGGACUUGAGGAUGGUGUGGCAUAUGAAUUCCGUGUGAUUGCAGAAAACAUAGCUGGAAUUGGAAAACCAAGCAAAUCUUCUGAACCAAUGCUUGCUCUUGAUCCAGUGGAUCCACCUGGUCAACCUGUCCCAAUACAUGUGUCGAAAAACGCAAUUACUAUUCAGUGGACAAAGCCAGAGUAUGAUGGUGGUUUCAAAAUUACUGGCUAUACUGUGGAAAAGAGAGAUCUUCCAGCUGGGCGCUGGAUAAGAGCUAACUUUACAAAUAUCAUUGAAACCACUUUCACAAUAAGUGGUCUAACACAAGAAGCAUCUUAUGAAUUCCGUGUACUUGCAAGAAAUUCAGCAGGCUCUAUUAGUAACCCAUCAGAUCCAUCAGACCCAGUUAUUUGCAAAGAUGACAUUAAAGAACCAAGAAUUAUGGUUGAUGCUAAAUUUAAAGAUAUUGUCCUUGUCAAAGCCGGAGAACUAUUCAAACUUGAGGCUGAUGUUGCAGGCCAGCCAUUACCAUCCAUGGUUUGGACAAAAGAUGGAAAAGAUGUUGAAAACACAUAUAAACUACAGAUUAAAAUGACAGAAAUGGCAUCAGUCUUGAUCAACAAGGAUUCUGUCAGAAGGGAUGGGGGUGAGUUUAUUCUGACAGCAACAAAUAUUGGUGGCUUUGUUAAGCAUGUUUUCAAUGUGAAGGUUCUUGAUAGACCAGGACCACCUACAGGACCUCUGGCAGUUUCUGAUGUUACAGCCGAAAAGUGUGUGCUCACAUGGAAUCCACCUACAGAUGAUGGCGGCGCAAACAUUGAACACUAUGUUAUUGAAAAACGUGAGUCAAGCAGACUUGCUUGGACAAAUGUGGCAUCCGAAUUGCGGGUUAAUCAGUACCAAGCAACAAAGUUACUCAAAGGAAAUGAAUACAUUUUCAGAGUUAUGGCUGUUAACAAGUAUGGUGUUGGAGAACCUCUUGAGUCUGAAGCAAUAAUUGCAGAAAAUCCGUAUGUACCACCAGAUCCUCCACAAACACCUGAGAUAACAGCAGUCACUAAAGAUUCAGCUGUUCUCUGUUGGGGUGCACCAGCUAGCAAUGGGGGAAGUGAAAUCACAAACUAUCGCAUUGAGAAAAGAGACAGAAUUAGUUUGCGCUGGGUAAAAUGCAACAAGAAGAAUGUUACUGACUUGCAUUUCAAGGUUACUGCUCUUGUUCCAGGCCAUGAAUAUGAAUUCAGAGUUUUUGCUGAAAAUGCAGCAGGAAUAAGUGAACCUAGUCCUUCAUCACCAUUUGUCAAGGCCACAGAUACUCUUUUCAAACCAGGUCCACCUGGCAAUCCAAGAAUCCUGGACACAACAAGUUCUUCCAUCACGCUUGCAUGGAACAAACCAGUUUAUGAUGGUGGUUCUGAAAUUACUGGCUAUAUUGUUGAGACAUGUCUCCCUGGAACUGAAGAGGAGGAAUGGACAAUUGUCUCUCCUGCAGAUGGUGUAAAAGGAACAUCAUUUACAAUUAAAAAUCUUAAAGAAAAUCAGGAAUACAAAAUCAAUGUGUCUGCUUUAAAUAGCGAGGGUAUUGGAGAUAUAGCACCUGUACCAGGUUCACCCAAAGCAGAGGAACGACUCAUACCACCAGAGGCUGACCUUGAUGCUGAACUUCGUAAGAUUGUGAACAUCAGAGCUUGCAAUACAUUAAGACUUUUUGUGCCAAUAAGAGGUAGACCAACACCAGAGGCCAAAUGGUCAAGAGAGAAUGAUGAGCCUUUAGACAGAGCUACCAUUGAAACUACAUCAUCUUUUACAUCACUGGUUAUUGGAAAUGUGAAUAGAUUUGACAGUGGCAAAUACAAUUUGACUGUAGAAAACAGCUCUGGAACAAAGACAGUCUCUGUGAUAGUUAGAGUUCUAGACACACCUGGAGCACCACAAAACUUUAAAAUAAGUCAGAUUACUAAAGAAUCUGUUUCACUUGUUUGGGAUCCUCCACUUAACAAUGGUGGCACAAAAAUUAAGAAUUACAUUGUUGAGAAGCGUGAGGCUACAAGAAAGGCAUAUGCUACAGUAAAUGCCAAUUGUCACAAAACUACUUGGACAGUUGACCAGCUCCAAGAAGGAUGCAACUACUACUUCAGAGUUCUAGCAGAAAAUGAAUAUGGCAUUGGUCUUCCUAUUGAGACCGGUGAAUCUGUUAAAGUGUCUGAGAAGCCACUUCCCCCUGGCAAGAUUACACUUCAGGAUGUUACAAAGAAUAGUGUAACAUUAUCAUGGGAAAAACCUGAACAUGAUGGAGGAAGCAGAGUGGUUGCAUAUGUUGUAGAGAUGCAGAGCAAAGGGAGUGAAAAAUGGACACAAGCUAUGAUUGUCAAGGUACCUGAAGCAGUUAUUACUGGGCUUGCACCUGGUGAAGAGUAUAUGUUCCGCGUUUCUGCAAGAAAUGAAAAGGGAACCAGUGAUCCUCGUCAAAUUGGUGUGCCUGUGAUUGCAAAGGACCUUGUAAUUGCUCCAUCUGCUAAGAUGUUGUUCUCCACAUUCAGUGUCCUGGCAGGAGAGGAUUUAACAAUUGAUAUUCCAUAUAAUGCUCGUCCCAAAGCUGCCAUUUCAUGGCUAAAGGAAUGUGUUCCACUUAAACGAACAACCAGGGUUAACUUUUCCUCUACGGAUACACAACUGAAUUUAGUAAUCAAAGAGGCCUGUAGAGAUGAUGUUGGCCAGUAUAAUGUUAAACUAUCAAAUACAGCUGGUGAGACAACAGUGGAUAUUGGAAUCGUUGUUCUUGACAAACCUGGUCCACCAACAGGCCCAGUUAAAGUUGAAAAAGUAACAUCCGACAGUGUUACCAUUUCUUGGAAGCCACCAGAGUAUGAUGGGGGCUGCACCAUUAAUAAUUACAUAGUAGAAAAGAAGGACACAUCAACAACUAAUUGGCAGGUUGUAGCAGCAAAUAUAGCAAGAACUCAAAUUAAGGCAGGAAGACUGAAGACAGGGUCUGAAUAUCAAUUUAGAAUUGCAGCAGAGAACAGAUAUGGAAAAAGCCCUCUGCUCGUGUCUGAAUGUGUUGUUGCACAGUAUCCUUACAAACUACCGGGCCCUCCUGGAACACCUUUCUUGCAGUCUUCCACUAAAGAUAGUAUGGUGAUAGUGUGGAAUGAACCUGUCAUUGAUGGUGGAGCAACAAUCUUAGGGUAUCACCUGGAGAAAAAAGAGAGAAAUAGCAUUCUUUGGAUGAAAUUAAACAAAAGUCUAAUAAAAGACACAACUUUAAAGACCACAGGGCUUGAAGAAGGCAUGGAGUAUGAAUUCAGAGUUUAUGCUGAAAACAUUGUUGGCAUUGGGAAGGCUAGUAAGAUCUCAGAGGGAUAUGUUGCCAGAGAUCCUUGUGAUCCUCCUGGAACACCAGAAGCCAUUAGAAUCACAAAGGAUUCUAUUACAAUUGCAUGGACCAAGCCAGAGUAUGAUGGUGGGAGCAAAGUCACUGGAUAUAUUGUAGAAAAGAAGGAAUUACCUGCAGGACGCUGGAUGAAAGCAAACUUCACCAAUGUCAUAGAGACUGAGUAUACUGCAACAGGUCUUACAGAGGACCAGAAAUAUGAGCUCCGUGUCAUUGCAAGAAAUGCUGCUGGAGUUUUCAGUGAUCCUUCAUAUAGUACUGGACCUAUCAUGGCAAAAGAUGAGAUUGAACCACCAUGUAUCAGCAUAGAUCCAGAGUACACUCAAACAAUUGUUGUAAAUGCAGGAGAUAACUUUAAGAUUGAUGCAGAUGUUCAUGGAAAACCAAUACCAGCAAUUUGUUGGAUGAAGGGUGAGCAAGAACUUGGAAACACCAUAUAUCGUGAAAUUAAAAGCACAAAUAACUAUACCUGUUUGACUGUAAAGGAGGCCAAACUUGCUGAUGGAGGUCAAUAUACUCUACUACUGCAAAAUCCUGGAGGAGAGAAAGCUGUGCAAGUCAAUAUAUGUGUCCUGGAUAAGCCUGGACCACCUGAGGGACCCAUCUCUAUCACAGGUGUAACCAGUGAGCAGUGCUGCCUUGCUUGGAAUCCACCUAAACAAGAUGGUGGCAGCAAGAUCAGUCAUUAUAUUGUUGAAAAAAGAGAGACUAGCAGACUGCUUUGGACAGUUGUUGAACCCAAAGUACAAGCUGUAAAUCUUAAAAUAACAAAACUCCUUGAAGGAAAUGAAUAUAUCUUCAGAGUUUUUCCUGUGAACAAAUUUGGUGUUGGUGAGCCCCUCCAAUCAAGUGCAGUUGUUAUCAAGAAUCCAUUUACAUCCCCAGAUGCACCAAAAGGAGUAGAAGUUAAUAAUGUCAAGAAAGAUUCUAUGGUAUUAACCUGGGAGGCCCCAGCAAAUGAUGGGGGUACUCCUAUCACUGGUUAUAUUAUUGAGAAACAUGACAAGGAAGGCAUUAGAUGGACCAGAUGCAACAUGAAAACAGUUACUGACCUCACAUUUAAAGUUACUGGACUCAUGGAGAAGCAUCUGUAUGAAUUCAGAGUUUCUGCUGAGAAUACUGCUGGAGUUAGUGAAGCAAGUUCUGCAACUGUAUUCUAUAAAGCCCUGGAUCCUGUAUUCAAGCCAGGUCCACCCCAUAAUCCAAAAGUGUUAGAUAUGACAAAAUCAUCAGUUGCACUUGCAUGGGGAAAGCCUAUUUAUGAUGGUGGCUGUGAAGUUCAGGGAUAUAUUGUUGAAGCAUGUGAAGUAAAAGCAGCCAUAGAGGAGGUAAUGACUCAGAUAGAAGAAGGAAAGGCUGCAGGUGAAUCAGUUGCCGAAGAAUGGACAAUGUGCACUCCACCAACAGGUGUUAAAGUCACACGCUUUACUGUGGAAAAUCUGAAAGAAAAACAGGAAUACAAAUUCAGGGUUUGUGCUGUUAACAAGGUUGGUGUUGGGGAGCAUGCUGAUGUCACUGGACCUAUUCUGCCAGAGGACAAAACAGAGGAUCCAGAUCUUGAUAUUGAUGCUGAAUUUAGAAAGGUUGUACGUAUUAAAGCUGGAGGUUCUCUUAGGAUGUUCAUCCCUUUCAAAGGAAGACCAACCCCACAAAUCAAAUGGGAAAAAGAUGGUGAGCAGAUUAAGGAAACAGCACAGACUGAGAUCACCAGCAGUCACACUUCUCUUGUUAUUGAUAAAGUCAACAGGGCAGACAGUGGUAAAUAUAUUGUGACUGCAGAAAACUCUGCAGGUGCAAAAUCUGAAACAAUUAUUGUGAAAGUCCUUGACACUCCAAGCGCUCCACUCAACUUCAAAGUGAAAGAAAUUACAAAGGAAUCUGUUACUCUUAUGUGGGAGCCUCCAUUUUUAGAUGGUGGAGCAAAAAUCAAAAAUUACAUUGUUGAGAAACGUGAGAGUACAAGAAAAACAUUCUCUGCUGUUGUAACAAAUUGCCACAAACUCUCAUGGAAAGUUGAACCACUUCAAGAAGGUUGCAGUUACUAUUUCAGAGUGCUUGCAGAAAAUGAAUAUGGUGUAGGGCUACCUGCAGAUAUCACAGAUCCUUUGAAGGUUUCAGAGGUCCCACAGUGUCCUGGAAAAUUAAGUGUUGUAGAUGUUACUAAAACAAGUGUGUCUCUUUCUUGGGAAAAGCCAGUUCAUGAUGGUGGCAGUAGAAUACUUCAAUACCUCGUUGAAAUGCAGGUCAAGGGUAAUGAUAAAUGGUCUGGUUGUGCCAACGUAAAAACAUUGGAAGCUGUAAUCAAAAAUUUGAACCCUGGAGAAGAGUACACUUUUAGAGUAGUUGCGGUCAAUGAAAAAGGAAAGAGUGACCCAAGAACACUUGCUGUCCCUGUGGAAGCAAAAGAUCUUGUCUUUGGGCCUGAUGCAAGACCUUCAUUUAGCAACUACAGUGUUCUUGUUGGAAAGGACCUUCAAGUUGAAAUCCCAGUUUCUGGUCGUCCAAAGCCAAAAAUCACAUGGACAAAGGAUGGUGCAGCCCUGAAAUUCACAACAAGGGUUAACAUUUCUAAUACAGCAUACAGCACUGUUCUUAACAUCAAAGAAGCAGCAAGAGAAGAUGGUGGAAUGUAUGGAAUAAAUGUGUCCAAUAUUGUUGGACAAAAGGAUGCAACCAUUGAAAUCAUCACUCUUGAUAAACCUGGCCCACCAACUGGCCCUGUGCGAUUUGAUGAGAUAACUGUGUCAAGUGUUACAUUGUCAUGGGAUCCUCCAAAGUAUACUGGUGGUUGCCCAAUUUCAAAUUACAUUGUGCAAAAGAGAGACACAACUACUACAACAUGGGAGAAUGUUGCAAUUUCAUUGGCACGAACAACACUUAAAGUACAACGACUCAAGACUGGAUCUGAAUACCAAUUCAGAAUCAUUGCUCAAAAUCGGUAUGGCAAGAGCUAUGCUUUGGACUCUCCAGCUGUUGUUGCUCAGUACCCAUACAGAGAACCAGGACCUCCAGGAACUCCAUUUGUGUCAUGCCUAUCAAAGGACCAUAUGAUUGUUGAGUGGCAUGAGCCAGUUUCAGAUGGAGGCAGUAAAGUUAUUGGAUAUCAUCUUGAAAGGAAGGAGAGAAACAGCAUUCUUUGGACAAAGAUAAAUAAGACACUGAUUCAAGAAACACGAUUCAAAACCAGUCCUUUAGAGGAAGGUAUCGAAUAUGAGUUCAGAGUCUAUGCUGAAAAUAUUGUUGGGAUUGGCAGAUGCAGCAAAAUCUCAGAGGGCUUCUUUGCUCGUGAUCCAUGUGAUCCUCCUGGAACCCCAGAAGCUUUCCAUGUGAGCAAAAAUUCCAUAAGUAUCCAAUGGACCAAGCCAGAGUAUGAUGGUGGAAGUGUUAUCACUGGUUAUACUGUUGAGAAACGUGAUCUUCCAGAAGGACGCUGGAUGAAAGCAAGUUUCAUAAAUGUUAUUGAAACCAAUUUUACUGUCACUGGGCUGACAGAAGGUGCCAAGUAUGACUUCAGGGUAAUCGCAAAGAAUGCGGUUGGAACUAUCAGCAAACCAUCAUAUAAUAGUGGACCAAUUGCUGCCUUGGAUGAGGUAGAGCCACCAAAGUUCUCAAUUGACCCAGAAUACACGCAGACUCUUAUUGUGAAUGCAGGAGAUACAUUCAAACUUGAUGCUGAUGUCCAUGGUAAGCCAGUUCCCACAAUCCAGUGGUUUAAGAAUGACAAAGAGCUUGAAAACACAAUUAGAUGUGACAUCAAAAACACUGACAACAGAGCACUAAUUAUUGUAAAAGAUGCAGCUAGACAAGAUGGUGGAAACUACACUCUUCAGCUCACUAAUAUUGCUGGCUCUCAGAAUGUUCAAUUCAACGUGAAAGUGCUUGAUAAACCAGGCCCACCAGAUGGUCUUCAUGUCAGAGGUGUGUCCAGUGAUAAAUGCACACUAAUAUGGCGUGCUCCACUUGAUGAUGGAGGAAACACUAUAACUCAUUACAUUCUUGAGAGACGUGAGACAAGUCGACUUGCUUGGACUGUGGUCUGUAAUGACUGCAAAACAACAACAUACAAAGUGACAAAGCUCCUUGAAGGUAACGAAUAUAUAUUCCGUGUCAUGGCUGCCAACAGUUAUGGUGUUGGUGAGCCAGUUGACGCACCAUCUGUAAUAAUGAAAGAUCCAUUUAGUCACCCUGGAUCACCACAAAUUAUUGAGGUAACAAAUAUUGCAAAGGACUCCAUGACUGUUUGCUGGAGUGCACCAGAUACUGAUGGUGGAAGUGAAAUUCUUGGAUACAUAAUUGAGAAGAGAGACCGGUCUGGAAUUAGAUGGACAAGAUGCAACAGACAAAAAGUAACUGAUGUAUGCUUCAGAGUGCAUGGCCUCAUUGAGGAUCAUGAGUAUGAAUUCAGAGUGUCAUCUGAAAAUGCAGCUGGAAUUGGAGAACCAAGCUUGCCAACUUCAUACUACAAGGCUUGUGAUCCCAAAUACAAACCUGGCUCACCCACGCAUGCACAUGUUGUUGAUACCACCAAAACUUCAAUUACAGUAGCAUGGGGAAAACCGCUUGAUGAUGGCAGAUGUGCAAUUCAAGGAUAUAUUGUUGAGAUCUGCAAAGCUGAAGAGGAAGAAUGGAUUAUGUGUACUCCCCCUACUGGCUUACGUGUCAACAAAUUUGAAAUUACUAAGCUAACAGAACAACAAGAAUAUAAGAUUCAAAUAUGUGCCAUUAAUAAAUUAGGUGUUGGAGAGCCUGCAGUUAUUGCAGGAACUUCCAAGCCUGAGGACAAGCUAGAGACCCCUGAAAUUCACCUUGAUUCAGAGCUGAGGAAAGGCAUUGUCAUUCGCGCUGGAGGAUCAGUAAGAAUCAAUGUACCAUUUAGAGGUAGACCAGUACCAGAUAUGAAAUGGACUAAAGAUGAAGGUGAAUUGUCAGAAAAGACAGUGCUUGAAAAGGGUCUUAACUUCACCCAGCUUUCAAUUGACUCAUGUGAUAGAAGGGACUCUGGAAAAUACACUGUGACUCUACAGAACAGCAGUGGCUCUGUAUCUGAUUUUGUGUCUGUUAAGGUGUUAGAUACACCUGGAGCACCACUAAACCUUGUAGUUAAGGAUAUCAAGAAAGACUCUGUCACACUUGUUUGGGAACCACCACUUAUUGAUGGAGGAGCAAAGAUCAAGAAUUAUGUUAUUGACAAGCGUGAAUCCACAAGAAAGGCCUAUGCAAAUGUAACAACCAAGUGCAGCAAGACAACUUAUAAGGUGGAAAAUCUUGCAGAGGGAGCCAUGUAUUACUUCAGAGUUAUGGCUGAAAAUGAAUUUGGUGUUGGUUUGUCCGUUGAAACAAAAACUGCUUCAAAGGCUUCUGAAGUACCUCAGCCAGUUGGAAAGGUUAUGUUGACCGAUGUGACAAAAGUAAGUGCAUCGCUGGCCUGGGAAAAACCAGAGCAUGAUGGAGGUAGUAGGAUUGCAGGCUACUUGAUUGAAAUGCAGCCAAAGGGAACUGACAAAUGGGGUGUAGCAACAAAUGUAAAAACAUGUGAAGGAACAGUCAAUGGACUAACUGGUGGUCAGGAAUAUUUGUUCCGUGUUCUGGCAUACAAUGAGAAAGGCAAAAGUGAGCCAAAGCCCCUUGCUGCUCCAGUUAUUGCCAAUGACCUCACAAUUGAACCAAGCUUUAAGUUGCAGUUCAAUACAUAUAGUGUCAAAUCUGGAAAGGAUUUCAAACUUGAAAUACCUAUUUUUGGACGUCCAAAACCAAAGAUCACUUGGUCAAAGGAUGGGCAGUCACUUAAAGUAACAUCGAGAAUUACUACUUCCAACACACCAAUAUCGACAAUCCUACAGAUAACUGAAGCCUGUAAAGAUGACCUUGGAAAGUAUUCAGUUACUGCAACAAACAGUGUUUGUUCAGUUACAGAAGAUAUCAGUAUUAUUAUCCUGGAUAAACCUGGUCCACCCACCGGACAAAUAAAAGUGAACGAAGUAAGUAACAGUUCUGUGUCCAUAUCAUGGGAGCCUCCAGAGUAUACAGGGGGCUGCCAAGUAAAGCAUUACAGUGUUGAAAAGAGAGACAACACUGAAACUACUUGGCAAGUUGUUGCUGGAUCAGUUGCCAGGACAUCCCUCAAAAUUACUAAGCUGAAAACUGGUGCUGAGUAUCAAUUUAGAGUCAUUGCUGAGAACAGAUAUGGUAAGGGUGCUCCUUUAGAGUCAAAGUCCAUUGUUGUGCAGUAUCCUUACAAACCACCUGGGCCACCUGGUACUCCAUAUGUGAAAUCUGCCACCAAGGAUCAAAUGACAAUUGAGUGGAAUGAACCAGUCAAUGAUGGUGGCAGUUCAGUGAUUGGAUACCACCUUGAAAGUAAAGAAAGAACAAGUAUUCUAUGGACAAAACUAAACAAAACCCUUAUCACUGAUACUGUUUUCAAAAUAUGCAAUCUUGAAGAAGGCAUCGGAUAUGAAUUCAGAGUAUAUGCUGAAAACAUUGUUGGUAUUGGCAGAGCAAGCAAAGUUUCAGAGAGCUUUGUUGCCCGUGACCCAUGUGAUCCCCCUGGAACGCCUGAGGCUGUUGCAAUAUCUAAGAACCACAUUAAGAUUCAGUGGACAAAGCCUCAGUAUGAUGGUGGCAGCAAAGUGACUGGAUAUAUUGUUGAAAGAAGAGAUUUGCCUGAGGGCCGAUGGAUGAGGGCAAACUUUACCAAUGUAAUUGAGACAGAAUUUACAAUCACAGGCUUAACAGUAAACAAUCAGUAUGAAUUUAGAGUAAUUGCAAGAAAUGCAGUGGGUGUCUUCAGCGAGCCUUCAGACAGCACUGGGACAAUUACUGCUACAGAUGAAAUUGAACCUCCUAGUGUUUCAAUGGAUCCUAAGUACAAGGAUGUCAUUGUUGUCAAUUCUGGAGACAACUUAGUUUUGGAUGCAGAUAUACAUGGAAAACCCACACCUGAUAUUCAAUGGCUAAAAGAAGGAAAGGAAAUGGAUAAGACACUGCGCAUUGAAGUAAGAAGUACACAAAAACAUGCUUCUAUUACAAUUAAAGACUGUACUAGAUUGGAUGGUGGACACUAUGACCUAAUUCUAAGCAACAGUGGUGGAACAAAAACAAUUCCAAUAACAGUAAAAGUUCUUGAUAGACCAGGUCCACCAACCGGACCGCUACAAGUAGCUGGCAUCAUGUCUGAUAGGUGUAAUCUGUCCUGGUCUGAGCCAUCUCAGAAUGGAGGUGCUAAUAUUUCUCAUUACAUCCUUGAGAAAAGGGAAACUAGCAGGCUAUCAUGGACUGUUGUUGAUUCCAAUAUUCCUACUGUGGGUUAUAAAGUGACCAAGCUCCUCUCUGGUGAUGAGUAUAUCUUUAGAGUUAUGGCUGUCAAUAAAUAUGGCAUUGGUGAACCUCUGGAAUCUGAGGCAAUUAUUGCAUGCAAUCCUUACAAGCCACCAAGUGCACCAUCAACACCGGAGGCAAGUGAGAUAACAAAGGAUUCAAUAACUUUGUCCUGGGGUGCCCCAGAGAGCAAUGGUGGAACAGAAAUUACAUGUUAUCACUUAGAGAAGCGUGACAAAGAUGGUGUAAGAUGGACAAAAUGCAACCGGCAGAAGCUUUCAGAUCUGCAUUUCAAAGUAACUGGUCUGUCAGAGGGACAUUUCUAUGAAUUCCGUGUGUCUGCUGAGAAUGAAGCUGGUGUGGGAGUAUCUAGUGACUUAUCACUGUUUUAUAGAGCAAUAAAUGCCACAACUCCCCCAGGUCCACCUCAUCACCCUAAAGUGACAGAUCACACAAACUCAUCUGUCUCUCUGUCUUGGGGAAAACCCGCUACAGAUGGUGGUUCAUAUAUUAAAGGUUAUAUUGUUGAGAUGAAAGAGAUUUCUUCAGAGGAAUGGAUCAUAUGCACGCCUGCAGCUGGUAUUCAAACAACAUGCCUCACAGUUGAAAACCUAAAGGAAAAUGCUGAAUAUAAUUUUCGUAUUUGUGCAAUUAAUUCUGAAGGCAUUGGUGAGCCUGCUGAUGUUCAUGGAUCGGUGACUGCAUCUGAAAGAAUUGAAGCACCUGAGAUUGAACUUGAUGCUGAUCUCAGAAAAGUUGUCUCUGUUCGUGCAGGAGGAUCCCUUCGUCUUUUCAUUACAAUUAGAGGUCGACCUGAGCCAUCCGUCAAAUGGGAAAAGGAUGAUGGAACUCUAACUGAGCGUGCUCAGAUUGAGUCCACAAGUUCAUACACCAUGCUUGUAAUUGACAAUGUCAACAGAUUUGACAGUGGAAAAUAUGUCUUAACACUUGAGAACAAGAGUGGUACAAAAUCUGCAUUUGUGAAUGUCAGGGUGCUUGAUACACCAAGUGCUCCACAGAAGUUUGAAGUGAAAGAUGUAAAGAAAGAUUCAGUGACUCUCUGCUGGGACCCACCACUUACAGAUGGCGGGGCUAAAAUAACCAAUUACGUGGUUGAGAAGAGAGAAUCUACAAGAAAAGCUUUUACAACUGUCACAAGCAACUGCACACAGACUUCCUUUAAAGUUGAUGAAUUGCAGGAAGGAGGCAUUUUCUACUUCCGUGUGUGUGCUGUUAAUGAGUAUGGCUUUGGUGUGAUGGCAGGAACAAAGAAUCCUGUUAAGGUUGCACAGGCACCUAUGCCUCCAGGAAAAGUAACUAUUGUGGAUGUCACAAAGAAUAGUGUGACACUUACUUGGGUGAAGCCUGUACAUGAUGGAGGCAGUAAAAUCAUCUGCUACAAUGUAGAGAUGCAAAGCAAGACUAGUGACAAAUGGGGUGUAAGCUGCACAGUUAAGGUUCCAGAGGCUACUGUGAGCAACCUAACACCUGGUGAAACAUAUUCAUUCAGAGUUAUUGCAAUGAAUGAGAAAGGCAGGAGUGAGCCUCAAGAACUUGGUGUACCUGUUGUAGCUAAAGAUAUUGAAAUUGAACCCUCUGUUCAUCUGUUGUUUAAUACUUACAGUGUUAAAGCUGGAGCUGAUCUUACUGUGGAAGUUCCUGUGAGAGGCAGGCCUAAGCCAGUUGUGUCAUGGAAGAAGGAUGGCCUUCCUUUGAGGCAAACAACCUCUCUUUCAAUUGUAAACACUAAGGUGUCAAGCAAAAUUGUCAUCAAAGAAGCUGCUAUUGAACAUGUUGGUAAAUAUGAAUUCACUCUUGCUAAUACAGCAGGCACCAUGUCCACAGAUAUCGGCAUUGUUGUUCUUGAUAAACCUGGACCACCAGCUUCAGUGAAGGUUGACGCUGUGACUUCUGACAGUAUUACAUUGUUAUGGGCCCCUCCAGAAUAUGAUGGUGGAUGCUCCAUCAAUAAUUAUAUUGUUGAGAAGAGAGAUACCAACACAACAGAGUGGCAGAUUGUUUCAACAAAUGUUGCCAGAACCUCACUCAAGGUACCUCGAUUGACAAAAGGUUCUGAGUACCAGUUCCGCAUCUAUGCAGUGAAUCGGUAUGGAAAGGGCAAGCCAAUUGACUCUCCAGGCAUUACUGCGGAGUACACAUUCAAACAGCCUGGCCCACCUUCUACACCCCGUGUUGCUCAUGCCACAAAGGUCUUCAUGCUUGUCACAUGGAAUGAGCCAGUUAAUGAUGGUGGUAGCACGGUCCUUGGCUAUCAUUUAGAACGCAAGGAGAGAAGCAGUAUUCUUUGGACAAAGGUGAACAGGACACUCAUCAAGGAUACUGAAUACAAAGUAACGGGUAUUGAGGCAGGUAUGAUGUAUGAAUUCCGUAUCUAUGCUGAAAAUAUUGCUGGAAUUGGCAAGGCAAGCAAAGCCAGCGAGGCCAUAGCUGCACGAGAUCCUUGUGAUCCUCCAGGUCAACCUGAGAUAACUAGCAUUACCAAGUCUUCUGUAUCUCUUUCUUGGACAAAGCCUGAAUAUGAUGGUGGAGCCAAAGUCACUGGUUACUUAAUUGAACGUAGAGAUCUCCCAGAGGGUCGCUGGAUAAGAUGCAAUUUUACCAAUGUUGUAGAGACUUACUUUGAUAUUACUGGACUUACAUUGAAUGAGCAAUAUGAUUUCCGUGUUAUUGCAAAGAAUGCUGCUGGGCUAUUCAGUGAGCCAUCCUACAACACCGGUCCUAUUACAGUUAAAGAUAAUGUAGAUCCACCACGCAUUAUGAUGGAUGUCAAGUUCAGAGAUGUUGUGGUGGUAAAAUCUGGGGAAACCCUGAAGAUUAAUGCUGACAUUGCAGGGCGCCCUCUACCAGUUGCAGCUUGGUCAAAAGAUGGUCAUGCAAUUGAACACAAGGCAAGAAUUCAGAUAACUGGAUCAGAUACUAGCACUAUGAUAUUAAUUAAAGACUGCAAAAGGAGUGACUCUGGGCAGUAUGCUUUGACAUUGCAGAAUAUUGCUGGAAGUGUCACAACACCAGUAAACUGUGUUAUUCUUGAUAAACCAGGACCUUCAGCAGGGCCAUUGUCAGUAACGGGCCUCACAGCAGAGGAAUGCACAUUGUCAUGGGGCCCACCGCAAGAAAUUGGUGGCUCUGAGGUAAUACAUUAUGUUAUUCAGAAAAGAGAGACCAGCCGACUGGCAUGGACUCUUGUACAUGGAGAGGUCAAAACCACAACAUUUAAGGUCACUAAGCUCCUAAAAGGAAAUGAGUACAUAUUCAGAGUAUUAGCUGUCAACAAGUUUGGACUUGGUGAAGCCCUUGAAAGUGAAAUUGUCAAGGUCAAUGAUCCAUACACUAUCCCAACAGCCCCAUCAAAUGUUGAAAUUACAAGUGUAACUAGUGAGGAAAUUAAUCUAACUUGGACAAAGCCUGCAUCUGAUGGAGGCAGUGAGAUCCUUGGAUAUAUAAUUGAAAGGCGAGAGAAAUCUGGUCUUCACUGGGUUCGUGUGAACAGGGAGCUUGUGACAAACCUAACAGCUGUGAUAUCAAAAGUAAGAAGAGGAUGUGAAUAUGAGUUUAGAGUUUAUGCUGAAAAUGCGGCAGGUGUAGGUCCAGCCAGUGACCCAUCUCCUUCAGCAAGAGCAGAGGAUGAGCUUUUGGUGCCAUCCCCACCAACUAAACCAAGGAUUUUGGAUCAUACCAAGAAUUCUAUUACUAUUGCCUGGAAAAAGCCAUUAUCUGACGGUGGUGCACAGAUCCUAGGAUACACUGUAGAAUAUAAGAAAUCUGAGGAUGAGGAAUGGAUAGUGGCUAUUCAGAUGACAAAGAGCAAUGAAUUCACCAUUUCUGGUCUUGCAGCUGAUGUAGAGUAUGUAUUUGCUGUUAAAGCAAUCAACAAAGUUGGUGUCAGUGAGCAGUCACCUGUCUGUGAGCCCCAGUCAGCAACUGAGAGAAAGGAGGAACCUGAGUUUGACAUUGACAUUGAAAUGCGAAAGACUUUAUUAGUCAAGCAUGGCAAUUCGUUUACUUUAACAGCACCAUUUAAGGGAAAGCCAGUUCCUUCAAUUACGUGGAAUAAAGAGGAAAUUGAUCUCAAAGCAAGGGCGAGCAUAGAAACAACGGAAACAUACACAUCUCUUACUAUUGAGAAAGCAACAAGAAAUGACUCUGGACAAUACAUUGUUACUUUGGACAAUGGUGUUGGAACUGCAUCUUUGCCCAUGGUGGUCAAAGUCCUUGAUACUCCUGGGCCACCAACUAACGUGAAGAUUACAGAAGUCACAAAAGACUCUGCUACAGUUACUUGGGGACCUCCAGAGAACGAUGGAGGAGAUGCUGUUAAGGCUUAUAAUGUUGAGAAACGUGAAGCAAGUAAAAAGGCUUGGGUAUGUGUAACAAGCAACUGUCACAGUCUAACAUACAAGGUUGAAGACUUGCUAGAAGGUGCAAUGUACUACUUCAGAGUUACUGGAGAAAAUGAGUUUGGAACAGGUGUACCAACUGAAACUAAAGAUGGAACCAAGAUCACAGAAAAACCAAGUCCACCUGCUAGACUCGGCGUUACUGCAGUAACAAAGAAUAGCAUCACCAUUGCAUGGUCAAAGCCAGAGUAUGAUGGUGGAAGCCGAAUUACUAGCUACCUCAUUGAUGCCCUUGAAAAAGGACAACAGAAAUGGGUUAAAUGUGCCAAUGUUAAAACCAACACCCACAUAAUUAAGGGCCUGAGGGAAAAUGCAGAAUACUUGUUCAGAGUUCGCGCUGAGAAUCACGCUGGACUCAGUGAACCAAAAGAAAUGAUAAUCCCUGUGGUUGUGAAAGAUCAGUUGGAUGCCCCUGAGUUUGAUAUGAAGAACUUCCCACAUAACACUGUUUAUGUGAGAGCAGGAUCAAAUCUUAAAUUUGAGCUUCCUCUCUCUGGUAAACCAAUGCCAAAGGUCACAAUGACAAGAGGCAAUGUUCCAGUUAAGUGCGGCAAGAGAUUCAGCUUUGAAGUAACCCCUGAAAGCCUUAAUGUCAGCCUCAAGGAAAGUAUUGCAAGUGAUGCUGGAAGAUAUGACAUUGUCGCCUCAAACACAAGUGGAACAACUAAGAUGUUUGUAAACAUACUGGUCCUGGAUAGACCAGGUCCUCCAGUUGGUCCUGUUGAAGUUAGUGGGGUGGGAGAGACAAGCUUGUGUCUCAAAUGGCUCCCACCUCUGUAUGAUGGUGGCAGUCCUGUCACAAACUAUGUUGUUCUUAAACGUGAAACAAGUACUCCAGCAUGGACAGAAGUGUCAUCCACAAUUGCAAGAAGUGAUAUUAAAGUCACCAAACUUACAAAGGGAGAAGAAUACCAGUUCAGGAUUAAGGCUGAGAAUCGCUUUGGCAUCAGUGACCAUAUUGAUUCUCAGUCAGUUACAGUUAAGCUUCCAUACACUAUUCCUGGUCCACCAUCAACACCAUGGCUGAGCCAUGUGUCAAGGGAAAGCCUCACUGUUUGCUGGAAUGAGCCAGUAGUAGAUGGUGGAAGCUUGGUCUUUGGAUACCACGUCCAAAUGAAAGAAAGAAGCAGCAUCCUUUGGCAGACGGUGAACAAAAUAGCAAUCCCUGCAACUCAAAUUAGAGUGACAAAUAUAUGUCCUGGAAUGAUUUACGAAUUCAAAGUAGCUGCAGAGAAUGCAGCUGGUAUUGGAAAGUUCAGCAAGACAUCAGAUGAAGUGCUGGCGAUCGAUGCCUGUGAACCACCGGCAAAUGUGAGAAUUUCUGAGGUUACAAAAAAUUCAGUAAGCCUUGUAUGGCAGAAGCCUCCAUUUGAUGGUGGAAGCAAAAUCACUGGCUACAUGGUUGAGCGAAGAGAUGCUCCAAAUGGCAGAUGGACAAAGGCAAACUUUACCAAUGUCAUUGAUACAAAUUUCACUGUGUCAGGCUUGACUCAGGAUCAGUCAUAUGAAUUUAGGAUUUUCGCCAGAAAUGCAGUUGGCUCAGUUAGCAACCCAUCUCUAAUUGCAGGACCAGUAACUUGUGUUGACAUUUCUGGUGCUCCAGUAAUUGACCUGCCCCCAGAGUAUUUGGAUGUUGUGCAAUACAAAGCUGGUGCAUCAUUCAAAAUCAAAGUGGGAAUAUUUGCUAAACCCUUGCCAACUAUUGAAUGGCUUAAAGACGAAAAGGAAUUAGUGUCAAGUGCACAUCUGUCAAUUGAGAACACAACUGACUCAUCAGCCAUCCUCAUUAAAGAUUCUACUCGUCGUAAUACUGGAACCUAUGAGCUCAAAAUCAAGAAUGUGUUUGGCACAGCAUCUGCUUCUGUCAGAAUACAGAUUUUAGACAAACCUGGACCUCCAGCUGGACACAUUGAAUUCAAAACUGUCACUGCUGACAAGAUAACAAUUGCAUGGGAACCAGUAACUGAUGAGGGAGGUGCCAAAGUAACUCAUUACAUUGUAGAAAAACGAGAGACAAGUAGAGUAGUGUGGUCUACAGUUUCUGAGGCAAUGGAAGCACGUACUGUCACUGUCCAAAAGUUGGCCAGAGGAAAUGAAUAUGUAUUCCGUGUCAGAGGUGUUAACAAAUUUGGAGCUGGAGAUCCUCUGGAGUCUGAGCCUGUUAUCGCCAAAAAUGCAUUCGUUACUCCCGGACAACCUUCUACACCUGAAGCAACAGAUAUCACCAGAACAUCAAUGCAGGUCAUUUGGGAUAAACCUAGUGUGGAUGGUGGUAGCAUGGUUACAGGAUACUAUUUGGAGAGACGUGACAAGAAGAGUCUGCGCUGGGUAAAAGUGUACAAGGACCCCAUUAGUGAUACAAAAUCAAAGGUCCAUCAUCUUACAGAAGGAAAUGAAUAUCAGUAUCGUGUAUGUGCAAUCAAUAAAGCUGGGGAAGGUCCAUACACAGAUGUUUCUGACUUCUACAAAGCUGCUGAUCCAGUUGACCCGCCAUAUGAACCAACUAAACUGAAGGUGGUUGACUCAACUAAAACAUCAAUCACACUUGGAUGGUCAAAGCCAGAGUAUGAUGGAGGCAGUGAAAUCACCAGCUAUGUUGUAGAAAAAAGAGUGGGCAUAGAAGGGGAAUGGACAGUGAUUAGCCAUAAGGGAGAAGUGAGAACUACAGAGUAUGUAGCUUCAGAUCUUAACCCAGAUAUGGACUACUACUUCCGUGUAUCUGCUGUUAAUUGUGCUGGCUGUGGAGACCCAAUAGAAAUGGAGGAUCCAGUUCAAGCCAAGGAUAUUCUUGAGGAAGCCCAGGUUGAUACAGAUGUUGCAAUGAGAACUCACUACAUUGUGAAAGCUGGUAAAGAUGUUGAAAUCAUGGUUCCCCUCAAAGGCAGACCUGCUCCAAGCAUCUCCUGGAAAAAGAAAGACCAGAAUAUUGACAAUGAUCCUAGAUACGACAUUCACAACACAGACUCUUCAUCAUGUCUCAUAAUUACACAAGUAACUCGAAGUGACACAAGUAAAUAUACCAUUAAUAUAUCAAAUGGUGUAGGAGAACCAAAGUCACUAACUGUGUCUGUUAAAGUACAGGACACUCCAGCUGCUUGUAGGAAUUUGAUCUUGAAAGAUGUCACUCGUGGAAAAGUUACUCUUUGUUGGGACCCCCCUCUACUGGAUGGUGGUGCUGAAAUUACCAAUUAUGUUGUUGAGAAAAGAGACUCUUCAAAGCGUACAUAUGCCUGUGUAACAAAUAAAUGCAAAGAAACCACAUGUGUAAUUGAAGAACUUUCUGAGAAGGCAUUGUUCUUCUUCCGUGUAUUAGCAGAAAAUGAGAAUGGAGUUGGAGAUCCAUGUGAAACAGCAGAGCCGAUUAAAGCCACUGAGACCCCUGGUCCAGUAAAAGAUCUUUGUAUGAAAGACUCCACCAAGACUUCAGUAACACUGCAAUGGAACAAACCCGAUUAUGAUGGUGGUAGCAUCAUUACAGACUACAUAAUUGAACAGAAACUCCAAGGUCAAGAAGAAUGGGUUCCUGCUGGCACCAACAAGCACUGUGAAUAUGAAGUUAAAAAGCUUAAGGAACUCUCUGACAUGUUUUUCAGAGUUAGCUCCAAGAACGAAAAGGGUACUAGUGACUUUGUUGAAAUUGGGCCAAUUAAAGUAAAGGACUACAUUAUUCCACCAGAAGCAAACCUUGAAGAGUAUCCCGGUGGACAGAUCAGUGUGCGUUUGGGACACAAUGUACACAUUGAAUUGCCAUACAAGGGUAAGCCGAGACCAGCCAUUCUUUGGUUAAAGGACAACUUACCACUGAAGGAGAGUGAAAAGGUCCGCUUCAAGAAGACUGAAAACAAGGCCACUCUUAUGAUAAAAAAUGUGGUGAAAGAGAAUGGAGGCAAAUACACACUUACUCUUGACAACACAUUCUUCAGAAAAUCAUUUCACGUACAUGUUAUUACCCUUGGACCACCCUCUAAACCUAUUGGACCAAUCCGCUUAGAUGAGGUCAGAGCAGAAAGUAUCGCCAUAUCUUGGGAUGAACCAAAUGAUAAUGGAGGUGGAGAAAUCACUUGCUACACUGUUGAGAAACAUGACACCUCUCAGACAGACUGGAAAAUGGCCUGUUCAAGUGUAACUGGAACAUCGUUUAAGGUCCCCAACCUGAUCAAGGGUAUUCAAUAUCAGUUCAGAGUCUGUGCUGAAAAUAGAUAUGGUGCAAGUGAACCUACAGUUUCACAAAAUGUCAUUGCCAAGCAUGAGUUCAGACCACCCGGCCCACCAGGCAUUCCAGUGGUUUACAAUGUUACAAACGAUGGCAUGACUAUUCAGUGGGAAGAACCAGUCUUUGAUGGAGGUUGUCCAGUGCUUGGUUUCCAUGUUGAAAAGAAGGAGAAGAACAGCAUAAUGUGGCAAAAAGUCAACACAGUUUUAGUGAAAGAAAGGGAGUACAGGGUUCUUGGUCUUAUUGAAGGCUUGGAAUACCAGUUCAGAGUCUACGCCCAGAAUGAUGCUGGAUACAGUCGCAUGGGUGAUGCAAGCAAACCUAUUAUGGCUGUUUCUCCAGUUGAUCCUCCUGGUACCCCUGACUACGUUGAUGUAACAAGUGAUUCAGUUAAACUGAAAUGGGAAGCGCCCAAACAUGAUGGUGGAAGCAAAAUUGUUGCCUAUAAUGUGGAGAAACGGCAGGGCAAAGGACGGUGGUUAAAGAGCAAUUUUACAAAUGUGACUGACACAGAAUUUACAGUGACCGGUCUUGCUUGCGGUGAACGCUAUGAAUUUAGAGUCAUAGCAAGAAAUGCUAUCGGCACAGUGAGCCCACCCUCUCAGUCUUCUGGUUAUGUUGUCAUCAGAGAUGAGAGCUUUCCUCCAAACAUCCAGUUUGGCCAAGAAUAUUUUGAAGGAGUCUCAAUUAAAGCUGGAGAAAACAUCAGGCUCAAAGUUGCUAUCACUGGAAGACCAACACCAAAAGUUACCUGGUUCAGGGAUAAUAUUGAAUUAACCAAGAAAAUGGUUGAUAUCACAACAAUUUCUGGAUCAAGUACCCUCUUUAUAAGAGAUGCUGACCGUAGAAACCGUGGUCUUUAUACUGUGGAAGCCACAAAUCCUUUAGGAAGUAAAAAAGAAUCAAUGAAAGUUGAAGUAUUUGAUACACCCGGAGAACCUGUUGGUCCAGUCACAUUCUCAGAUAUCUCUGAGGGCAAAGUAACACUUUCAUGGAAUCCACCUGAGAAUGAUGGCUGUUCUGAGGUCACUCAUUACAUUGUUGAGAAGCGUGACACUUCGAAACUUUCAUGGGCACUUGUCACAGAUGAGUGCUUGGGAUGCACAUACACUUCUACCAAACUGAUCAAGACAAACGAGUACCAGUUCCGUGUUUCUGCAGUCAAUAGGUUUGGUGUUAGCAGACCACUGGAUUCAGCUCCUGUGAUUGCACAGAUGCAAUACAGUGUUCCAGAUUCUCCUGGAACUCCAGAUGCAACAGAUGUCGAUGGAGAGAGCAUCACAAUCAACUGGGCUCCUCCAACACAUGAUGGUGGAAACCCAAUAAAAUAUUACAUUGUGGAAAGACGUGAAAAGAAGACUGGUCGUUGGCUGAAAGUCCUAACAAGGAAACCCAUUUUUGAGGCUGCACACAGAGUGACUCAUCUAACUGAGAAUGUGGAGUAUGAAUUCCGUGUGUAUGCUGUAAAUGAUGCUGGAAUUGGAGCACCAAGCAACAUUUCAAUGCCAAUUAAAUGUACUGAGCCAACAGAAGAACCUGAUGCCCCAUCUAUUGUCAAUGUGACUGACACUACCAAUACGUCUGUCAGCUUGGAAUGGACCAGACCUGCCUAUGAUGGUGGAAUGGAAAUCCAUGGCUACAUUAUUGAAAUGUGCAAGGGAUCUGAAGAGGAAUGGCGCAGAGUCAAUGAGGAUCUUUGUGCUGUCACAAAAUACACUGUCAUUGGUUUGGAAACCACUGCAGAGUACAAGUUCCGUAUUUGUGCCGUCAAUUCUGUUGGAAAGGGUGAAGCCAAAGAAAUAUCUGAGUCUGUACAGGCAGUAGACAGGUUCUUGGCACCAGAAAUUGACAUAGAUGCAUCCUUCAAACAGACGCAUAUUGUAAAAAGUGGAGGAAGUGUAUGUAUCCAUAUUGCCUUUAAGGGAAAGCCAACACCUACAGCUUCAUGGACGAAAGUGGAUGGAGAACUUGGUGUUAUGACAGACAUUGCCACCACUGAGACUUUCACGGCUUUGACACUGGAAAAUUGCACUAGAAAUGAUACUGGAAAAUACACUCUCACUCUUGAGAACAGUAGUGGCAAUAAAUCUAUUACUAUUGCAGUCAAAGUGUUAGACACACCUGGUGUACCAGGGGCUCUCUCCAUCAAGGAAGUAACAAGAGGAGCUCUCACAAUUGCUUGGGAACCUCCUAUCAACGAUGGUGGUGCACGUGUUCAUCAUUACAUUGUUGAGAAACGUGAGGCUAGCCGUCGUACAUGGACAGAGGCAGCACCCAAGACCACUCAAACAAGCGUGAGAAUUUCUGAUCUCCUGGAAGGUGUACCUUAUUUCUUUAAAGUCAUGGCUGAGAAUCAGUAUGGUCUUGGUGAAGCAUAUGAAAUGCCGGACCCAGUUAUUGCAACAGCUGAACCUUCUGCACCAAAGAGAGUUGAUAUUAUUGACACAACUGACACAUCAGCAACCCUGGCCUGGCUCAAGCCGGAGCAUGAUGGAGGAAGCCGUAUCACAGGCUACUGUGUGGAGUCAAAGGCCAAAGAUUCAGAUAAAUGGGUUGUUUGUGGCACAACGAAAAACCUAAGCCUUGUAAUUGAAGGACUUAUAGAGAACAGUGAGUAUGAAUUCCGUGUAAAGGCAAAGAAUGAUGCUGGGUUCAGUGUGCCAAGGGAAGCUUUCUCCUCAGUCAUCAUUAAAGAGCCACGAAUUGAACCUACCGCAGACCUCAGUGGCAUCACCAACCAACUCAUUAUCAGCAGGAUUGGUGAAUUGUUUGAGAUUGAUGUUCCAAUUAGUGGAAGACCUGCUCCAAAGGUAUCCUGGAAGCUUGAGGAAAUGAAGCUAAAAGAAACUGACAGGGUGUCAAUCAAGACUACCAAAAACAGGACCACUCUCUCAGUUAAAGACAGCAUGAGAGGUGAUGGAGGCAGAUAUUUCCUAACUCUGGAGAAUGUCACAGGGUCAAAGACUUUCAGUGUCACUGUCAAUGUUAUUGGCAGACCAAGCCCUCCAGAGGGCCCUAUUGAGAUUUCCUCAAUAACAUCAGAGUCAUGCAUACUAUCAUGGAAUCCACCUGAGGAUGAUGGUGGAACAGACAUCACAAACUACAUUGUCGAGAAGCGUGAAUCUGGCUCCACUGCUUGGCAGCUUAUUAACUCAAGUGUAAAGCAAACUUCCUUCGAUGUUUCACAUCUAACUAAAUACAUGCAGUACACUUUCCGUGUCUGUGCUGAAAACCGUUUCGGUGUGAGCAAACCAACAGAAUCUGAGACAAUUGUUGCAGAGCAUCCAUUUGUUCCUUCAGGCCCUCCAACAAAACCAGAAGUGUUCUCUGUAACUGCCAACAGCAUGAGCAUUCGUUGGGAGGAACCGUACCAUGAUGGUGGCAGCAAGGUCACUGGAUACUGGAUUGAAAAGAAGGAGCGUAACACAAUUCUCUGGGUGAGAGAAAACAAGAUUCCCUGCUUUGAAUGCUACUACAAGGUGGAAGGCCUUGUUGAGGGUCUUGAAUAUCAGUUCAGAGUGUAUGCAAUGAAUAGUGCUGGCCUCAGUAAAGCAAGUGAAGCAUCAAAGAAACAUGUGGCACAAAAUCCCGUUGAUCCUCCAGGAAAACCAGAAGUUACAAAUGUAUCAAGAUCAACAGUCUCAAUCAAGUGGUCUGUGCCUCUAAACGAUGGUGGAGGCCCAAUCACAGGCUACAUUGUUGAGCGAAAGCCAUAUACCAUCACUGGAGAAGGUCGCUGGCUUAAGUGCAACUACACUAAUGUUACUGACACAAAUUUCACUGUCACUGCACUGGGAGAAGGAGAGGAAUAUGAAUUCCGUGUCAUUGCCAAAAAUGCUAACGGAGUAUUGAGCCUGCCAUCAGUUUCAACAGGACCAGUGACCUGCAAAGCAGAAUACACUCCUCCUAAAGCAGAGUUGGACAGCAAACUCCUUGUGGACACAGUUACAAUCAGAGCUGGAUCUGAUUUAGUGCUAGAUGCUGCUGUUGGUGGAAAACCUGAGCCAAAAGUAAGCUGGGCCAAGGGUACGAAAGAGCUAGAACUUUGUGAAAAAUAUUCUCUCCAGUACUCUAGCACCCGAGCUCUGGCAAUCAUCAAGUUCUGUGACAGAGAUGACACUGGGAAGUAUGUUCUGACAGUUAAGAAUGCGAGUGGAACAAAAACCGCUGAGGUCAAUGUUAAAGUGCUUGAUACACCUGGUCCCUGUCUGGAGAUUACAGUCAGCAAUAUAUCAGAGGAAAAAUGCACAGUGUCUUGGAAAGAGCCACUGGAGGAUGGUGGUGACCCAAUCACACAUUACAUUGUUGAAAGAAGAGAUACCAAUAGACUUACCUGGGUUAUCAUGGAGGCUGAAUGCAAAACCUUAACAUGCGAAAUUAAAAGACUUUUCAAAAACAAUGAAUAUUUAUUCCGUGUGAGAGGUGUGAACAAGUAUGGCUCCGGAGUGGCUGUACAGUCUGCCCCCAUAUUUGCCAGAAAUUCAUUCACUGUCCCAUCACCCCCUGGAGCCCCAGAAAUCCUUGCAGUUGGAAAAGACUUUGCAACGAUUGAGUGGCUGAAGCCUGAGAGUGAUGGUGGCAGUGAAGUCACAAACUACUUAAUUGAGUUUCGUGAAAGAAAGAGUGUUAGAUGGAUCAAGGUUAACAGAGAUUCUAUUCUCAAGGACACAUCUUUCAAAGUCACUGGUCUUCAUGAAGGCAACAUUUACCAGUUCCGCAUUACAGCCAUGAAUGCAGCUGGAGAUAGUGAACCUAGUGAAGUGUCAAUGUAUGCAGUAUGUAGAGUACCAACCGGCACUUCAGGUCCACCCUCAAUUCCACGGGUUACUGACUCACACAAAGAGAGUGUUAGUCUUGCUUGGACACGACCAGUUGAAGAUGGUGGUGCUGAUGUUAUUGGUUAUGUUCUUGAGAUGCAAGAAGCUGGUGCAGAGGAAUGGACAAAAGUGCAUGAAAAGAAUCUUAGAGUUACAGAACACAUAGUUACAGGCCUUUCUGCUGGCAAAAAGUACUAUUUCAGAGUUGCAGCAGUCAAUGUAAAUGGAAUGGGUGACUUCAGUGAUCCUUGUGCAGAGACUGAGCCUGUAGAAAGAAUUGAAAUUCCUGACCUUGAGCUGCCUGAUGAACUGACAAAGACAAUUUGUCUAAGAGCGGGAAGUUCGCUGCGCCUACAUAUUACUGUUACUGGUAGACCAAUCCCAAGUGUAACCUGGAGCAAACCUGGUGUGGACCUCCAAAAUCGUGGCUUUAUUGAAGUGACCAAUACUACCACAACUCUCAUUAUUGACAAGGUGCACCGCUAUGAUGCUGGUAGAUAUACAAUUGAAGCUUCCAAUUCUGCUGGGAAGAAGGAUGCAAGCAUCCUUGUGAAAAUCUAUGAUACACCUGGUCCACCUGGUCCAAUUAAGAUGAAAGAGCUCACAAAAGACUCUGCUCAUAUUACUUGGGAUGCUCCUGAGGUUGAUGGUGGAGCACCUGUCAACAAUUACAUCAUUGAAAGACGAGAGGCAUCAAUGAGAGCUUACAAAACGGUCACAUCAAAAUGCAGCAAGACAUCCUACAAAAUUGCUGGUCUAACAGAAGGAAUGCUGUAUUACUUCAGAGUCUUACCAGAGAAUAUCUAUGGUGUUGGUGAACCUUGUGAGACAGGCGAUGUUGUGUUGGUGUGCGAAGUUCCACUGCCACCAGCCAAGCUUGAAGUUGUAGAUGUAACCAAAUCCAGUGUUUCACUUGCAUGGGAGAAACCUUUACAUGAUGGAGGCAGCAGACUCACUGGCUACAUUGUUGAGGCUUGUAAGGCUGGUACUGACAAGUGGAUGAAGGUGGCAACUUUGAAACUUACAGACUUUGAGUUCACUAUCGUGUCACUGAAUGAGAAUGAGCAGUACCUCUUCAGGGUACGUGCUGUCAACAGCAGAGGAGCUGGUGAGCCAAAAGAAACUGUGACAGCUGUGACAGUUCAAGAACAAAGAGUUAUGCCAAAGGUUGAUCUAUCUACUAUUCCACAAAAGAUGAUCAGUGUUUUGGCAGGCAAACCCCUUGAGCUUGACUUGCCAAUUAUAGGAAGACCACCACCAGUUUGCACUUGGUUCUUCAAUGACAAUAGGAUAAAGAUUGUGGAGCGUGUGAAGACUAAGUCAACUGGAAAAUUCUCUAAAUUAACUAUUCUUGACACCACCAUUGAUGACAGUGGAGUGUAUACUCUAGAGGUGAAAAACGUAACAGGAGUAAUUACUGAAAACAUCAAAGUCAUCGUUCUUUCUAAACCUGAUGAGCCUCAAGGACCCAUUAGAUUAGAUGAAAUUGAUGCAACAUCAGUCACGAUAAGCUGGGAUCCACCUAUGAGAGAUGGUGGUGCGCCAAUUAGCAACUAUGUGGUUGAACAACGUGAUGCUCAUCGCCCAGGAUGGGUACCUGUUUCAGAAUCAGUUAGCAGACCAACAUUCAAAUUUAACAGAUUGACAGAGGGCGAUGAAUAUGUUUUCCGGGUUGCAGCAACCAAUCGUUAUGGCACUGGGGAGUACUUACAAUCAGAAGUUGUGAUGUGCAAGAGCUCCAAAUCCAUUCCCGGGCCGCCUGGGAGACCCAUUGUCUUUGAUGUAUCACGCGAUGGCAUGACUGUUGCAUGGGAGCCACCAGAUGAGGAUGGAGGAUUAGAGGUGUCUGGCUACAUUAUUGAACGCAAGGAGGUCAGAGCUGACAGGUGGAUCCGUGCUAAUAAAAAUCCAGUAACAAUGACAAGAUACAGAUCCACUGGUUUAAUUGAAGGCCUGGAAUAUGAGCACAGAGUAACAGCCGUCAAUGCUCGUGGUGUUGGCAAACCUAGCCUUCUUUCUAAACCAGCAGUAGCAAAUGAUCCAGUUGAUCCACCUGGAUCACCUCAAAACCCACGAGUCACAGAUACCACAAAAUCGUCUGUGUCUUUGGCCUGGAGUCCUCCAGAUGAGGAGGGAGGUGCUAAGGUGACAGGCUAUCUAAUUGAGAUGCAAAAAGUUGGUUCAGUAACCUGGAUAAAGUGCAACACUACACCGUCACUGAUCUGUGAAUAUACAUUGACAAAAAUGCCACAAGGAGACGAAUUCAAAUUCCGUGUCAUGGCUUGCAAUGCUGGUGGUCCAGGUGAACCAGCUGAAGUACCUGGAGUGGUGACCAUAACAGAGAUGCUUGAUCCUCCAAGUUAUGACCUUGAAGCAAAAUACAAAGACGUACUUGUAGUCAGAUCUGGAGGAGUAAUCAAACUUUCAGUGCCCAUCAAAGGUAAACCUACUCCUACCAGCAAAUGGACCAAAGAUGGAUCAGAGGUGUCCAACCGUGCAAUGAUUGCCUCAAAUGAAGACGUAUCCGAGCUUGUAAUCAAACAGGCUGAAAGGUCUGAUUCUGGCGUUUACUAUCUCCAUCUGGAAAAUAAGUGUGGCAAAAAGAUGCUUCCUAUCAAGGUGAAGGUUAUUGGCCGCCCAUCUGCACCUGAAGGACCACUUGGAUUUGAUGAUAUACAAGCACAUUCUGUAAGAGUUAGCUGGAAACCACCAACUGAAGAUGGUGCUUCUGAAAUUGUUGGCUACAUUGUGGAGAGACGUGAAGUUACAAAAGCAGCUUGGUACACUGUUGACUCACGGGUGGUUGACACAUCCCUUGUGGUUAAAGGACUAGAAGAAAAUGUUGAAUACCACUUUAAGGUGACAGCGGAGAACCAGUUUGGAAUCAGCAACUCUCUGAAAUCAGAGGGAACUGUUAUACCAAAGACUCCCAUUUGUGUCCCAGAGGCUUCAAGCACUCCACCAGAAAUCAUGGAUGUUACUAAGAGUUCUGCUGCUUUGGCUUGGACUAAACCGAAGGAUGAUGGUGGAUCUCGCAUUACUGGCUACUUCAUUGAGUAUAAAGAAGUCGCGUCUGAUAAGUGGACUCGUCAUGAGACAAAGAUUACCUCAACAAUGUUUACUCUUAGUCAGCUCACUACUGAUACUGAUUAUCAGUUCCGUGUAAUUGCUGUGAAUGACAUUGGAGAGAGUGAACCAGGACCUGCAUCAGAUUCAGUAAUCUGCAAAGAUCCAUUUGAUAAACCAAGCCAGCCAGGAGAAAUUGACACAGUGACUGUAACCAAAGACUACAUUACAAUUAAAUGGGAGGCUCCAGCAUGUGAUGGUGGAAAACCAGUCCUUGGCUACUGGAUUGAAUACCGAAAGUCUGGAGAGAGUACUUGGAAGAAAUGCAAUAAGGAGCGCACUAAAGACAAGCAGUACACUCAGAGUGGUCUACAAGAGGCAACUGAAUAUGAAUUCAGAGUAUUUGCUGAGAAUGAAACUGGAAUCAGCAGACCACGCAGAACAGCAACUGGCAUCAAAACUAAACUGGGUGUUGGAUCUAAACCAGCUCUUAGGAAAGAGAUGGAUGAAGUCACUGCCAAACUUGGACAAACUGCAACUCUCAAAUGUCAGAUUAUUGGACGACCUAUUCCAGAAAUUAAAUGGUAUAAGGGCGGAAAAGAAAUCAAAGAAGGUCGCAAAUAUGCAGCAACCUCUGAUGGUCGCAACCAUACAUUAACCAUUUCAACAGAUCAACAGGAAGAUGAGGGUCUGUACACAUGCAAGGCAGUGAAUGAAGCAGGUGACUGUGAGACCAGUGGAACUCUGGUCCUUGAAGCAGCUCCACAGUUCCCAGUGCCACUGAAAGACAAAUUCUUUACAACAUGUGGUAGCACAGUGCGCAUUCAUGUUGUUUACAUUGGCCGACCUCAACCUAAAAUCAUGUGGCUUUAUGGAGCCAAGGCUUUGGAGCCCUCUGAGAAUGUGAUAAUUGAAAAUACAGAGCAUUACACUCAUUUGAUUCUCAAGAAUGUACAGCGCAGCGUAAAUGGAGGAAAAUACAGAAUCAGGAUCAACAACCAUUUUGGGUCUGCAGAUACUGUAACUCACGUUGAAAUCUUAGAUAAACCUGCUAUGCCAGAGGGUCCUCUUGUUCUUGAUGCUCUGUUGAAGAAUUCUGUGAUUAUUAGCUGGAAAGCACCCAAAGAUGAUGGAGGAUCUAUGAUAACUAAUUAUAUUGUGGAAAAGCGUGAAGACAAGGAAGGAGCAGAGUGGGAACUUGUAUCAUCAUCCAUCUCAGGCAUUUCAUGCAGAAUUCCUAACCUUGUUGAAAAUGAGGGAUACCACUUCCGUGUUUCAGCACAAAAUCGUUAUGGUAAUAGUGAAUCACUGGAGACUCCUUCUGCUAUCCUCAUCAAGAGUCAGCUAGAACGGCCAGGAGCUCCAUUAAAACCAGUUGUGUCUGGAAUUACCAAAAACUCCUUUGUUGUGUCUUGGAAGCCACCUCUCAGUGAUGGAGGUUCUAAAAUUAAGAACUACUGUCUUGACAAGAGAGAUAAGAAGGGUGAAUGGGCUGCAGUUACAACAGAUGAAAUCCACCAGACUGUUUAUUCUGUCAAGGGCCUGACAGAAGGUGUAGAGUAUGUAUUCCGGGUGAAAUGUGAAAACAUUGGUGGAGAAAGUGAAUACAGUGAAGUAUCUGACCCUGCCAUUCCAAAGACUGAUGUUGAUGUGCGUGCUCCUGCCUUCAAGGAAGACCUUAGAAACAUGAGUGUAAAAUUCAAAAGCAAUGCAACAUUUGUCUGCAAGAUAACAGGACAGCCCAAGCCUGUAAUAAAAUGGUUUAAGCGUGGAAAGGAAAUUCAAGCUGAUGGUACCAAAAUCAAGAUCCAAGAAUUCAAGGGAGGCUAUCAUCAGCUUGUUAUAGCUAAUUGUGAGGCAGAAGACUCAACUGUAUAUCAGAUCAGAGCAACAAACCAGGGUGGAUCAAUUUCUGCUACUGUUUCUUUAGAUGUUGAAGUCCCUGCUAAGAUAAAUCUACCUAAGAAUCUGCAAGAAAAGGAAGCAAUCCCUGCCCUUCGUGGUGAAGUAGUGAACAUCAAGAUUCCAUUCAGUGGAAAACCAGAUCCAGUUAUCACUUGGCAGAAAGGACAAGACCUACUUGAUAAUGAUGGACACUAUCAAGUUAUUGUCACACGAUCCUUCACAUCUCUUGUAUUUUUGAAUGGAGUAGAAAGGAAUGAUGCUGGUUUCUAUAUUGUGUGUGCUAAAAAUAGAUUUGGAAUUGACCAGCAAACAGUUGAGCUUGAUGUUGCAGAUGUGCCUGAUCCACCACGUGGCAUCAAAGCCAGUGAUGUUUCGAGAGAUUCUGUAACACUCCACUGGGUAGCACCUGCCAGUGAUGGUGGAAGCAAAGUCACAAACUACAUCAUAGAGAAGUGUGCCACCACAGCAGAAAGGUGGAUACGUGUUGGCCAGUCUCGUGACACCCACUACACUGUUGUCAAUCUGUUUGGAAAGACAAGUUAUCAAUUCCGUAUCAUAGCUGAAAAUAAAUUUGGUCAGAGUCAACCCUCUGAGACAAGUGGACCUGUUGUGACAAAGGAAGAUAAAUCAAGGGUUCUUAACUAUGAUGAAGAGGUUGAUGACACAAGACCAGUUUCCAAAAGCAAAGCACCUCAUUCAGAGACUAAGAAUAUUCAUAACAAGUACAUGAUUGCUGAAGAGCUUGGCCGCGGACAGUUUGGUAUUGUUCACCGGUGUAUUGAGACUAGCUCUGAGAAAACUUUCAUGGCUAAAUUUUUCAAAGUUAGAGGUGCGGAUCAGGCACUAGUGAAAAAGGAAAUUGCAACACUGAAUGUGGCACGCCACAAGAACUUCCUGUUGCUGCAUGAGUCAUUUGACAGCCCUGAAGAGCUAGUCAUGAUUUAUGAAUUCAUCUCUGGUGUGGACAUAUUUGAGCGCCUUGGAACAGCCAACUUUGAGCUCAGCGAGCGAGAAAUUGUGAACUAUAUCAGACAAGUGUGUGAAGCUCUUGAAUUCCUUCACAGCAAGAGUUAUGGCCACUUUGAUAUCAGGCCUGAAAAUAUAGUGUACACAACAAGAAAGGGAACCAAUGUCAAGAUCAUUGAACUUGGACAAUCUAGACACCUCACGCCUGGGGACCAAAUUAAGCUUCAGUACACAACAGCUGAGUUUGCGGCACCGGAAAUUCAUCAAAAUGAGAUGGUUAGCACUGUGACAGAUAUGUGGUCUGUCGGUGUCCUUGUUUAUGUUCUUCUUAGUGGACUUAAUCCAUUCGCUGCUGAAACUAAUCAGCAAAUGAUUGAGAGCAUUUACAAUGCUGAGUACAGUUUUGAUGAUGAAGCCUUCAAGCAUGUUAGUGUUGAGGCAUUAGACUUUGUGGACCGCCUACUAACCAAAGAGCGCAAACAUCGUAUGACUGCUACUGAGGCUUUGAAUCAUCCUUGGCUGACGAUGAACUCAGAGGAGCUCAGCACUAGGUCAAUCAAGACUACACGCCAUAAGAGAUAUUACCAAGCCAUGGUGAAGAAAGAAUGGAACACUGUUGUCUCUUCUGCUCGUGUUGCCAUUGGUGGUGCUAUCAGAAAUCAGCGAGGAGUAACAGUCUCUAAAGUGAAGAUUGCACCAUUUGAACAUGGACCAGUUGCAGGACAAAUUAAACACAGUGUUGCCGAUGAAGGCGAUGAUAUCAAGUUUAUCUGCAACAUUGACAAUUAUGAUAGCACUACCGAAGUAACAUGGUACUGUGGAGUAAGACAACUAGAAGAAGGUGCUAGAUACGAAAUUACUUACGAAGAUGGACUUGCUACCAUAACUAUCAAGGGAAUCAACAGAACAGAUGAUGGAACAUACAGAUGUAAAGUUGUCAAUGAGUAUGGUGAGGACAGUUCCUAUGCUGAGCUCUUUGUCAAAGGGGUAAGAUCCUAUCGUGAGUUCUUCACUACACGUGUGGUAAAGAAAGUAAAACGCAGAGUUGACACAUCAAGACUACUCCAAAGACCUCCUGAAUUUACUUUGCCAUUGUGCAACCGCACUGCUUACAUUGGAGAGGAUGUGCGCUUUGGUGUCACCAUCACAGUGCAUCCUGAACCUCGUGUAAUGUGGUUGAAAACGGGUCAAAAGAUUAUGCCAGGAGAUGAUGACAAGAAAUACACUUUUAUUAGUGACAAGGGCCUGUAUCAGUUAGUGAUUCACAAACUUGACCCAGAUGAUGAUGCGGAAUACACUGUUGUGGCACGGAACCGAUUUGGUGAUGACAGUUGCAAGGCUCGUCUCAAAGUGGUCCCUCGUCCUGCUCCUGCUGAUAACACCUUGAGACCUAUGUUCAAACGUCUUCUUGCUAAUUUGGAAUGCAGAGAAGGACAGAGUGUACGUUUUGAAAUGCGUGUGUCAGGACAUCCUUCAUUGAAAUGGGAGAAAGAUGGCAUGCCUUUGGCAUUUGGUCCACAAAUUGAGGUUGUGCAUGAAGGCUUAGAUUACUAUGUCUUACAUGUAAGAGAUACUCUUCCAGAGGAUUCUGGCAUAUACAGAGUCAUUGCAACUAACUCAGCAGGGUCUGCAAGUUGUCAAGCUACACUCAAGGUCGAACGUGUGACACACAUCAAGAAAGAGGUGAGUGACGAAGGAAAGAAGAAACAACACGAUCUUGAUCAGCAAGAGAUGGACAAGAAAGUAAGACUAACUCAGAUACUAGCAGGUGCAGACGUUACCCCACUUACUCCAGUCGCACAGCAAGCACUAAGAGAAGCUGCAACCAUGUACAAGCCAGCAAUCACUACCAAGAAAGUCAAGAGUGAAGCUGAUGAAGCCAAAGAGAAAGAAGAAAAAAAGAAGAGAGCAGAAGAAAAGAGAUUGAGAAUGCCAUAUGUUGUCCCUCUGCCUCGCAUUGUUGCUCCUACUGCCCUUGAUGAGGACAUGGAAAUCAAACACUUUGUGCCAUUCUCUGAUAUGAAGUGGUACAAGAAACUCAGAGAUCAAUAUGAGUUCCCGGAGCCAAUUGAAAAGUUCCCCCAGAAAAGACUUAAGCGUAUCCGGCUGUCAAGGUGGGACCAGUUCUAUGAAGUACCCCUGCCAAGAAUUAAAGACCAAUACAAGCCAAAAUGGCAUAUUCCUGUUUCACAAGAUGACCUUGAGACUGUAAGACCAGCAAGAUAUCGCACACCUUCUCCAGAAAUGGAGGCUUACUACAGAAUCAGGAGACGCUCUCUUGGUGAUCUUUCUGAUGAGGAACUGCUUCUACCAGUUAAAGAUUACCUCUCAAUGAAGAGAACAGAGGAAGAAAGACUCAAACUUGAGGAUGAACUUGAGUUAGGCUAUUCUGCUUCUCCACCAAGUCUGAGCCCUGUACGCUUUGAACUUUCUGCACUGCGUCACCCAUCACCUAAGAGAGCUACAUAUGAUGAGGAGGAGGGGGAGGAAGUUCCAACAUAUGACUCAUAUCGUAUUCCAUCUAAAUAUGAGGCUGGUCCAAGCUAUAUUGACUUGCGUCAGCGUCACGAAAGGGCAACAUACAGACCUCCAAGGCAAAAGCAAAGGCUGUAUGAGGAAAAAGAAGACCAUGAACUGCUUAGGUCAGUAACUACCACAACAAAAUUAACUUCCUACAAGAGCCAACUGCAACACAUUGAGUUUGAGGAGAAAACAAAGGUCAAAAGAAAGGAAAAAACAAGAGUUUCUGUGUCAGCAGCAACUGAGGCAGCAGUCAUAACUGAUACAUCUACAGCAGCAUUCUCACCUGGCUAUGCUACAGUAAGCCAUUCCAAGAAACCGUCUGCAACUCUGUCAGAAAAAGGGAUUAAAACGGCUUCACCUGAAAAGACACGCCCUCGUUCACCCAGCCUUGAUACUUCUGAGAAAAGAAUCACUACACAAGACUUGUCAACACAAAUUGAUUAUAUGUCAAGGUAUGAGUCUAGAAAGAAAGCCUUGAAAACUGAGAGGAAGUUUGAAAUUGUGUCCCAGCAACCUUUUACUCUUGACCAUGCUCCCAGGGUGACUGUAAGAAUGCGCUCUCACCGUGUGCCAAUUGGUCAAAACACCAAAUUCACACUGAAUGUCCAAUCUAAGCCAGAAGCACAGAUUAAUUGGUACCACAAUGGGCAGCAGAUUGAAGAAAGCAGAAAAUAUCAUAUGUUUAACAUGAGUGGUGUUUUGUCUCUUCAAAUCAUUGAUUGCCAGGAAGAGGACAGUGGCACUUACCGUGUCGUCUGUACAAAUGCAAAGGGAGAAGCUUCUGACUAUGCCACUCUCGAUGUUGCUGGGGGUGGAUUUUCUGCAUAUGCCUCACAACGCAAAGAUGAGGAGCCACCUACCCCCUUCGUCCCUGAGAUGACUAAAACAGAUGUGUAUCAUGUUUCAUCCAUAACAGCAGCAACUGCAUCAGAAACACAAGUGGAAAUAUCUGAAACUAAAACAGAGAGGAUAGAAGAGACAAUUAAGACAUCUGAGAUCAAACUUGAGGAAGUGACUGCAGUUGAGGAAGUUGUGGUUAAGAAAUUGUCAGAGACCAAACUUGAAGCUACAGAAGUGACAACAGUAGUGGAAGAAGUGGUUGAGAAAAAGAAAGGGACUCCAGCUACAAUUCUGACUAAACCACAGUCACUCACAGUAUCAGAGGGAGAAUCGGUCAAAUUCACAUGUGAUGUUGAUGGUGAACCUGCACCCACUGUAACAUGGAUGCGAGAGGGACACGUCAUUGUGUCAUCUCGUCGUUACCAUGUUACCUCAGCUGAAUAUACAUCUACUUUUGAGAUAACCCAAGUAGAAAUGUCAGAUGGAGGUAAUUACACUGUAGUGGUUGAGAACUCUGAUGGUACACAGGAGGCACAGUUCAGUCUAACCAUUCGUAAACCAACACCUGUACAGAAAGUUGUUGCUUCACCUCCAAGAGUAAAGUCUCCAGAGUCUCCUCGUAUAAAGUCACCAUUUGGAAUUAGGUCUCCGCAGAGAAUUAAAUCACCUGAACCAGUCAAAUCUCCACCAAGAGUUAAGUCCCCACCCAUGGUAAAAUCACCAACUCCAAAAGAAAAAACAUCCAAGCCAACCUUUUCCACAGAACUAAAAGACAUCUCAGCCUCUGUGGACACUAUUAUAAAGCUGACAGUAAAACUGUCUGGUGAGCCUAAACCAACAAUCUUCUGGAUGAAGGAUGGAAAGAACCUCUCUCAAAGUGGAAAAUAUAAAAUCUUUGAAGAACAUGGUUCAGAACAUCUUGAAAUCUAUGAAGCUGAUGUCUCUGAUAGUGGAGUAUACACAUGCACUGCCAAAAACAGUGCUGGAUCUGUUACUACAAACUGCACUGUUACAGUUCAAGCACGAACAGCAGCAGUUGCCGUUGAAAGAAAAGCAGAGUUUCUUGAACAAAUAGCAAAAAAGGAGACUGCCUAUGAGGAAGUGCAGUCCUUCACAGAAGUGAAAGCAUCAAAAACCCAAUUAACAAUAAAUCAAGGUCAGACUGUCACACUACGAGCAAACAUCCCUGAAGUUAUUGAUGUGAAAUGGAUCCUGAAUGGUGCUGAGCUAUCAAAUUCAGAGAACUACAGAUAUGGUGUGUCAGGCAAUGAUCACACCCUGACAUUUAAAACAUUCAGCUACCAUGACCAGGGAAUUCUCACAUGUGAGGCCAAAACUGAACACGGUGUGGUCAAGUGCCAGUUUGAUUUGACCAUCAGUGCAGUCUGUUCAGAUGCACCAAGUUUCCUUGUGCAACCACGCUCCCAGAAUGUUAACGAGGGACAAAAUGUCACAUUCACAUGCGAAAUUACUGGUGAACCUUCUCCAGAAAUCGAAUGGCUCAAGGAUAAUGCAGUCAUAUCUGUUACAUCAAACAUGAAAUUCAGCUCCUCUAAGAAUGUGUACACACUUGAGAUUCACAACGCUACCAUUGAAGACAGUGGAAAAUACACAGUAAAAGCUAAGAAUAAAUUUGGACAGUGCUCUGCAACAUCAUCACUGAAUGUCCUCACUCUGGUUGAGGAACCUGCCAAAAUGAUAAUUAUGGAGAAAACAUCUGAUGCUACAAGCAUGCUGGGAAGUUAUGCUGCAAAGCAUGUGGUUUCAAAAAUGCAAGAGAAAUCAUUCUGCAGUUCCAGCAUGGCUGAGGUUAAAUUUGAGAGCAUGUCAGAGUCUAGCAUGACCUCUAUGACUUCUGAAAGAAUGAUGGCUUUGAGCUCCAGCAGUAUGGUGGCAAUGUCCAGUCACUCGCAUGUUGAGGGCUCAUCCAUCAAUGCCAUUUCUCAUACUCGCAAAGGUAUACCACCAAAGAUUGAGACUGCCCCUCAAGAUAUCAGCAUCGAAUCAGGGAAGGUCCUGACUGUAGCCUGUGCUUUCAUUGGAGACCCAAGUCCAUGUAUAGAAUGGUCACAUUUAGGGAAGACACUGUCCAGCAAGGAGGAAAGUGGACGAUUGCAGAUUGAGACUUCUCAGGAUGUCACCACUCUAGUAAUAAGUGGAGUGAAAGAGACUGAUGCUGGUGCAUACACCUUAAAACUUGUUAAUGAGUUUGGAUCUGAUACCACUACUGUCAAUGUCAACAUUCGAUCCAUGUAAAAAAAAAAAAAAAAAAAAAAGUUAAAUGAUUAUAAUUAUUAUAUAAUAGUAAUCCAAUCC